GGUGCUGGGAUCGCUGUCAGCAGACGGUCACAGUCAUGGGUAAGCAAUAGAGCCUUAAUGCCUGGAUCACUAAAAUGUCGCUGGCAGGCACUCCGUCUCUGGUGUUGAGCUCUGCCGCCCAGAGGCUUUCGGGAAGACGGUUUGCGAGCGUGCGUGCGUGCGCGCGCGCGCUCGCGGACCUGCGUCACCUGGAACGCCUCGGAGAGUGGAUCCUGGAGUGUCCCCGAGGAGGGGCGUGGUCACGUGACGCGAGGCGCUCUCUCUUUUUUUUUUUUGCCUUUGUGACGUCUGGAAGAGCGAGCCGCGCGCAUGCGCAGUGACGCCGUCAAGCGGGAGGCGGCGAGCGGAGGCCGGCUACCCAGAGUUCCCCGCGCGGAGCUUACCGGACCCCCGGGGGGCGUGAAAAGAUGGCGGCCGUCAGGAGUGUAGAGAGGAGGCGGUUAUAGGCUCGGUUUGCGGGGCUCCCUCAGAUAGCGGUAACCGGAUACGUCACGUGACCCCCCGCCGCCCCCCCCCAGUCCCGGUUACCCGGUGGCGGAGCGCGGAGCCCGCUGGGAUGGACGAUCUGGCCGUGGCCGCGGGGAUGGCCUCUCCUAGGCCGCAGGCCCAGCCCCAGGGAGUCCCCCCGGACACGGCGUGCGACCUGCCGGCCCGGCCUCCUCAGUACACCAUCCCCGGCAUCCUGCACUACAUCCAGCACGAGUGGGCCCGCUUCGAGAUGGAGAGAGCGCACUGGGAGGUGGAGAGAGCCGAGCUGCAGGUAAUAUGGGGGGGAGGCUGACUGCCUGGGGGUAAUAUGGGGGGGGCUGGCUGACUGCCUGGGGGUAAUAUGGGGGGCUGGCUGACUGCCUGGGGUAAUAUGGGGGGCUGACUGACUGGGGUAAUGGGGGAGGCCGACUGCUGACGGGGAGGCUGACCGCCUGGGGUAAUGGGGCUGGCUGACUGCCUGGCCUGGGGUAAUGGCGGCUGAAAUGGGGGCUGAUUGGCCCGGGGUAAUGGGGCCUGGCUGACUGCCUGGGGUAAUGGGGCUGGCUGACCGCUGGGGUAAUGGGGCUGGCUGACUGCCUGGGGGGUAAUGGGGGCUGGCUGCCUCACCUGCCGGGGGUAAUGGGGGCUGCCCGGGGUGCGCCGGGGGUAAUGGGGGCUGGCUGCCUGCCCGCCGGGGGUAAUGGGGGGCUGGCUGGCUGACCGCCUGGGGUAAUGGGGGGCUGGCUGGCUGACUGCCUGGGGUAAUGGGGGCUGGCUGACUGCCUGGGGGCUGGCUGGCUGACUGCCUGGGGUAAUGGGGGCUGGCUGACUGACUGCCUGCCUGGGGUAAUAUGGGGGCUGACUGCCCGCCUGGAGGUAUAUAGGGGGGAGGCUGACUGCCUGGGGUAAUGGGGCUGGCUGACUGCCUGGGGCUUGACUGCCUGCCUGGGGUAAUGGGGACGGCUGGCUGACUGCCUGGGGUAAUGGGGGACUCACUCUCUGGGAUGGAGAGCUUGGAGGGGGGCACUGGGCCUGGAUUGGUAACUGUCAUGCAGCCAUGUCUGGUGGGCUGGCUUGACUGCCUGGGGUAAUGGGGGGUUCACUCUCUGGGAUGGAAAGCUGUAAGGGGGGCACUGGGCCGGUCACUGUCAGGCAGCCAUGUCUGGGGGGCGAGCUGCAGGUAAUGGGGAGCUUGCUGACUGCCUGGGGUAAUGGGGGGGGGCUCACUCUUAAGGAAUGGAGAGCUGUAGGGGGGGCACUGGGUCAGUCACUGUCAGGCAGCCAUGUCUGGGGGGGCGAGCUGCAUUGGGUAAUUGGGGGCUCACUCUCUGGGAUGGAGAACUGUGAUGGGGCACUGGGUUUAAGUUCGUAACUGUCAGGGAGCUAUGUCUGGGGGACGAGCUGCGGGUAAUGGGGGCUCACUCUCCGGGAUGGAGGGCUGUGAGGGGGACAGUGGGCAUGGGCUGGUAGCUGUCAGCCAGGGGGUAUUAUCAUGGACACGCAUAUCCUCCCUAACCCAGCUCCUUCUUUCCCUGGGGGAGACAGUGACCCACUGUGCCCAGGAGCUCAUACUAUGGGCCAGGCCUGCUGCCAUAUGGCUGUAAACUCACCCAGGAUUAGCUCUUUGUGACCUUGUACUGCUCAACCUCUUAAAGGACCAGUGACAAGUUGUGCACUCCAACAAUGUGUUAUUUAAAGGCGAUUCUGUAAGUAACAUGACCAUUAUUGCUUGCUGUACUGAUUAGGUUGCCCUGGUACCAAAGUUAUGUUUGUCAAACCAUAAACUGAGACUAUUGUUGGUGCGCAGAAAACACCUCCUCCUCUGCUACAUUGAUAACAUGGAAUAAUAACUUCCCUAUAAACAGUAUCAAUUUUGUCCAACCUGGACUGAGCUGAUUAGCAGGGAAUGGGCUAAUCCAGUGCUUUUUAGCCUAUCAGUGCCAUCCAGGUUAGAUAAAAACUAUUAACACAGACGUGUUUGUUUUUUUUUUUUCUGUGUUAUUAAGGUAGGCAAUGAGGAGGUGUCAUGCAGAGUCUUGGUCUAUGUCAGGCCAAAGGCAGUCUGACAUUAAACUGAGGGACGAAACCAGGAAGUUGUAAGCAACCUACAUACUAUAGCUUGCUGUAGUGGUUUUAUUGCUUAGAGUGCCCUUUAACCCCUUAAGGACAUAUGACAUGUGUGACAUGUCAUGAUUCCCAUUUAUUCCAGAAGUUUGGUCCUUAAGGGGUUAAAGGAUCCUGUUACAAAAGGAAUAAAACACUUUGUGAAAGGAGGUCUACAUGGAACUGCCAUAGCCCAAUUAGCAGGCCGAUCCAUACUGGUGCUUAAGAAGCAGAUUGUGUUGAUGGAAAAACAAUAACAUAUUGUCUUUAAUGGGUUAAUAGCCAUAUCCCUGUGUCCAAAGCAAAAUCAUCGUGAUCAGAGGCACUGUUAUAUCUAAUGCAAUAAGUGUUCCUUUACAUUGUGUGUAUCAAUUCUUAGACCUGGUUUACUUCCUUGACGUGUCUAUCAAUUCUUAGAUUGGGUUUCCCUAAAGGAUUCACCUAAUGCAAUGAAAUUCAUCUUACGCUUUGCCAAACUUAUGGACAUUGUAGUUGUACAUCUGGGUAUCUACCUUUUUGUGGUCACCCAUGUCAUAGAUGGUGUUUGCUUUCGUUAUGACAGCCGUGUCCCACUGUGGGUGUACUCUGCUCAUGUUUGACAUCUAUUGUUCUAUUUACUAACAUUCUUUUUAUGAGCUACUGUGGUCACUUCCUCUCACAGCUAGGGAAUGUCACAAUUGACAUCAUUAAAUUCUGUGUUACAAUGGCAAGCUAAAAGGUUCUUAUGCAGUGAUGGUCGUAGAUAAUAUUUUGGCUAAUUGAAAAUAAAGCUUGUUUGUUGAAAAGAGAAUUGUAUAGAUUUGUAUGUAUACAAAGUUAUACCUAUACACUGUGGAGUAGGAUCAGUAUAAUGCAAAAUAAAUUGUCACAAAGUAUGAAGCACUCAAGUAUUUAAAGAGACACUUUUUAAAAGUCGUCACUUUUUUUUGUCUCCUGUGUUCCUUAAUCAUUUUACUGUCCUCCUCCAUUUUCAAACAAAAAACAAACUUUAAGAUUACUGUUAAACUUGCCUUUUUUUCCAAGCACCAAUAAAGACCCUUUGACUGCAGCGUGGUCCACCCUCACUGACUUCAACAAACUUGAUGACUUCUGUCCAUUCAAAAGAUUCUCAUAGAAAAAACCCAUUAUGGACAUACAUAGCAAUGCAGUGCCCAACAACUUCAUACUCUACAUGCUGAUACCGGACUUCAAAUAGGUUCAGUAACUUAAUCUGUUUUAGUCCAAAGCCCCAAGAGCUGAUGUCUGAUUGACAGCUGCUAGAGGCAUUACAAUUGAACUAUGUAAGCAAUUGUGUAUUUGCAUCGAUAGGACUGCAUUUUCACUUCAUUAAGAAUGACUGUCCCUUUAAAAACAACAAAAAACCCUGAUUGAGAGGUUUUCUGUUGGAUUUUAUGGCUGGGACGCUACAUCCACCAGUCAGACUCCAUCAGUUACUGGCUCAAAACUUCGCCAGAUCUAGUACAACAUUUAUACCUAUGUAUGUUUGAUAAAAGGUAGUAUGUGAUCGUAACAAACCAAUUUUAUUUAUUUUUUCCUCUCCUAGAAAUGACAGCCUUUAGAUUGACAAUUAUUCAUUUCUGAUUUGUUUUUACAUAUAAAUGUGUAAAUGCAUCUUUUGUGAUGUACCUAUUAUGGAUAAUGUAUUUUUAACCUUAAAGCCCAUGUGGCUUUGGCAUGUUUGAGGAUCGAUUUGGUUUAAUCAACUAACAAGGUUAUAGACUAAAAUUCAUAGGUGAUAGUCAAUGGUGUAAUUUCCACAGAAGUGAGAUUUCAUCUUUAAACCAAAUGGUAAAAUUCAUGCCUGCUAAUUCUUAAAGUAACACUCCAAUCACCAUAACCACUGCAAGCUUCUUUAGUGAUUAUGAUGCGAGGAUUUCCCAGGCACACCCUCGAUGUAAGUAGUUUAGCAGUUUGACUUUCUACUUGGGGUCUGUCAGGUGCUGCAUACGUCAUCUAUGGAGAGCUGGAAGUUCCUGCUAGGAGUUUCCAUUGGCUGUCCUGAGCUAAUCCCUAAAGUGCAUGGCUAGUAUAUUGGCUGAGAGAAUCGGCUAAUCACUUUCAGCCAGUGAGUUAAGCCUUGUACCAUUUGGCUUAGUACACCGAAGCUUUCUUCUGCCACUGAGCAGUACUGGAGGUGGGGAGUGAUGCCUAGCAGAGCCUAAUGUUAGAAGUUAACCGUUCUAUACAGGCUCGUCUACUAACAUUUGGCGCGGGGGGCGUCAGGGAACUCCUGGCACCAUAACCAUUACAGCACUUUGUAUUGGUUAUCGUGAUUGGAGUGUUACUUUAACAUACAUUGUAUAUGAACAAUAUAUUUGCCAAAAACACACCUAUAGUUGCUAUUUCAUGUUCUGUCAUCACACACAUAUAUUGUGUGUCUCUCUUUAUCAUUCCUCUUUACAAGGGUUUAGUGGUAAAGUUCAAGCACGCAUUCCUUUUGUAGACAUUUUUGUCAAGUUUUUAUUUUGGGGACAUGAUUUAGGAAAAGUGUGUCACACUCACUUCCUCUAAAUAAAUAUGAUCUCACCUCCUGAUGUCACUUGCAAGAAUGUAAUUAGAGCUGAUAAGCAGUGCCCAGUAUAAUUUUACUUUCCUGUUCUAAUAAAGAGCACAAAUAUAAGGUGAUCAAAUCCAAAAUGUAUGCCAAAAAUGUCUGGAAUGCCAAUCCAUUAAUGUUAACCUUGUGCUUUUUACUGCCAGCUGGUGGCAAAUUGUUUCGCUGCAAGGUAGAUAUGUAACUAUUACCUGAUAGAAGUGGUUUUGCUAUAAGUCUGAUAUUGAGCUUUGAAAAUCAACUACCAAGUACACACCUUUUCAAUGUUUUUAUUCUUCCUAUGCUUUGCUGCUGUGAUAAUGGAAUAAAUUGAAUAUUCACUGUCUAUUUCUUUUUUACUUAGGAAUGACUCAUAAAAAUGUAAAAGUUCUAAAUGUCUGGUGAUCAAUAUUUACUGUAAGAUUUAUAAUCUAGUUGACUUCUUUCUCAUGGUGUUUCCACUCAGUAUGACUGAGUGCAAUGAGUCUGUAUAAAAUCUGAAAGAUGAGCUUAGUCAACUAAUGUAUUUAUGUAGUUUUAGACAAAGGUGUGAAUGCAAUAUGUAUUCCCCAUCUUAACAUGGGGUACAUCUGACAGAGCCAAGGGGUUUAAAAAAAUAAAUUAAAUAAAGUUUAAAAGGAAACUGCAUUUCAAAAUGCAUAUUUUCCCUCUAUAUAAUUAAUUGUUGCAAAAAUGCACUUACUAAAAUUUGCAAGAAUAAAAAUGUAGCUUUUCAUUUAAGGACCACUAAAGUCACUUAAUCUUGAUGAAGUGGUUUGUGUGCAGUGGUUCUGUCAUUUUAACCCUGCAAUGUAAAACGUAGCGUUGUUGUUGUUAUUUUUGAAACUGCAAUGUUUACAUUUCAUGGUUACAUCCACCUCUAGUGGUUGAUGUCCAGGCACAGUGCAUGUAUUACGAUCUCGGAGUGUAUUAUCAUUAUAUCCGCUUUGGUCAGAAGUACAGCUUAUUUGACCAAAAACGUUGCAGGAAAUGAAGUUCGUUUGCUUCCAAAUUCUCAACAACCUUCAUAUUGUUGAUUUUGACCAAAGAGGGCUAGAAAUGACCAUCCUUGUGUAGUAAAGUAAGCAAAGAGAUGCACUAAGUUAUUAACUUUAGAAAAUUGUGCUUUAUUGGAUUUUAUAUGGUAGAUUUUAUUAGACAAUGUUAAAUAAUAAAAAAAAAAGCCUAUAUCCAUGAUUUAAAAAGUUUUAGCAUGCCAGUGAAAUUAGUAGUUCUGCCCAAACCAUAUGCAUAGCACGAGUACUCAAUGUUCUGUAGUUCCAGAGGGUUAGGUCAGUUCUUGCAUGCUCUUUCCUGUUACCCACUUCCCUUACUUGUUCCCCACUUUUCUCCCAUCAUUCCAUAUGUGUAUCCCUAAUAACCCCCUAGCACACAUCUUAUUGCUGCCCAGUGUCUUUAAGGUUGCAGAGGUAACUGUAGCCAACUGGAGAUACAGGAAGUCACACAAGGUUAUAGUGCGAAUGUCCUCUCCAUGCGCUCUCUUGUAAUAACUACCGCUGCUUACCAGGUAAAGAGGAUCUGCAGAUGCUGGGCAAGAAGGAGAAAGGAAAUUCCCCUUCUCCUACGAGCACAUCAUUAAUUCUAACUAUACCAUCGACUAUGCUGUAAUCUUGGAGUGCUGCCCGAUGAAACCUGACCCCACACAGAGUAACUUGGUUUCACUCCCGCGUUGCUGGGUGAACUUUGGAAUAUGGACAAGCAGUACUUGACCCCAUGUUUUGGGGUAAAAAACUGAUUCCUAUAUUACCAAAAAAAAUUGUAUUCAUAUUUUCCAAGUUAUACUUUAGUAAAAGUAGCGACAAAAGUUGAUAGUGGAGCUUUAAUCAGGCUUCACAGUCUCUUUCAACUUUGUCAUUGACAAUCUCCUUCUGUACCCCCUCCCAUGGCACGUCACUGGUUCUUAUUGGUAACUCUCAUGCCAUUUUGAGAGUAAACACGGAGGUCAGUGGAAGCUGCUAGAUCCCCUGUGUAUAUGUGAUUGUAUGCACAUGCCCAGGAAAGGGCAGAAGAAUUUAUUUCCGGGUGCCUUCAUCUUACAAUAUUUAAGAUGGCAGCGCAAAGAUAGAUGUCCCAGUGGGACCAGAACAACUUCUAGAGGCGUAGGUUGCUUAAAGGGACACUAUAGUCACCAGAACCACUACAGCUUAAUGGGAUGGUUCUGGUGUCUGUCUAUAGCAAUGCUCAGCAAUGUAAACACAGUGUUUACAUGGCUACUUAGUAACACUUCUAGGUGCUUUCAUCUGAGACAGCCACUAGAGGUGCUUCCUGUUGGUAUUUUGCACCUCUUCAAUAUAUCACUAAGCGGAGAUGCUUAUUGAUACAACGCAGUGUUUUGACGCACUUACGCAAUAGCAUCCUAAUGCUUUCCUAUGGGAAAGCAUUGGAUUGGCUGCGAUCUUUAGGAUUGAGCUCAGCCACAGCGAACCCACCACAGCAAUAGAGAAAAGGUAAGCAAGCUGCCUUUUAAAGGACCACUCUAGGCACCCAGACCACUUCAGCUUAAUGAAGUGGUCUGGGUGCCAGGUCCUUCUAGGGUUAACCCAUUUUUUUAAUAAACAUAGCAGUUUCAGAGAAACUGCUAUGUUUAUGAAUGGGUUAAGCCUUCCCCCAAAGCCUCUAGUGGCUGUCUCAUUGACAGCCACUAGAGGCGCUUGCGUGCUUCUCACUGUGAUUUUCACAGUGAGAGCACGCCAGCGUCCAUAGGAGAGCAUUGUAAAUGCUUUCCUAUGCGACCGGCUGAAUGCGCGCGCAGCUCUUGCCGCGCGUGCGCAUUCAGCCCAGGAGGAGGAGAGGAGGAGGAGAGCUCUCCGCCCAGCGCUGGAAAAAGGUAAGUUUAAACACCUUUCCCCCUUCCAGAGCCGGGCGGGAGGGGGACCCUGAGGGUGGGGGCACCCUCAGGGCACUAUAGUGCCAGGAAAACGAGUAUGUUUUCCUGGCACUAUAGUGGUCCUUUAACUCUUUACUGAGGGUGGCCCGACACCUAAUUUGGUAGUCCAGCACUACAGUGUUAGUAUUUGUAACACUAUAAUGCUCCUUUUAAGGAAGAGAUCCUAGUGACAGCAGCUUUAACUAAUACCUUGUGCUAUAGUGGUUUUGGUGCCAGGAGUUCCCUUGCCUUGAAUGUAACAUUGUGUAGAGAAAUGUUGGCACAAAAAAAUUAACAAAAACAUAUUAUGUAUUCAAAUAAAAAAAAAUUGAAAUUGAGCCCCUCUCCCCCACCCCAGUAAAUAGUUACCUAGUCUGCCAGACGCCAGUCACUUCUACUGUGGGCAGCUAAAGGUCCUGCUUAGAACUUCUGUUGGCUUUCCUGAGCUAACCAGGCCAUGCAGAGCGGCCAGCUAAUUGGCUGAGAACGUCAGGUGGUUGUUUUCAACCAAUAACCUAAAAGAAGCUUAAGCAGCGAAAUUACAGCUGUUAGUGCCCAGUUCUCGGCUGACACCAGGAAAUAGGUCAAACUGUUAGUGGUUUGACUCCUUACAUGAGGGGGAGGUUGCCAGAGAAUGUCUGGCACUAUAACUACUUCAGUGUGUUAUAGUGGUUAUGGAUCUUGGAGUAUUCCUUUUAAAACAGCUCUUUCACAUCCAGAGGUCUUUGCAUGUUUUUACCUGGGUCUUCCCCCUGACAAGUUAUUGUGUACAGUUUUGGUACAGUUACUAAAGAGCUGGUAUGUGUGGUUUCUAAUUCUGGACCUUCCUUCCGGAGUCACACUCUUUACAUUUAAAUUAAUCAUAUAGGUAUUUUGAAGUGCAUCUGACAAAUCUGACUGUCACUGGUGUAAGCGCAUUGUAUUGGCAAAUAUGUGAACCCAGAAUACCGUGUUCAUUGGUGACUGGCCGUAUAUUUGUCCACAGCACUAAGCUGAGCAGAGGAAACCAUUAGAUUGAAAUAUCUGUUCUAUACAUCUAUUUAGCUGUUUACUAAGGGAGAUUGGAGACUAAAAAUUAGAGGUUAGAAGGGUGUGUUUUAGGGAUAGGCAACCUUCGGCACUCCAGAUGUUGUGGACUACAUCCCCUUUAAUGCUCUUACACACAUAAUGCUGGCAAAGCAUCAUGGGAGGUGUAGUCCAAAACAUGCAGUGCUGAAGGUUGCCUGUGCCUGAUGUAGAUAGACAGGAGGUGGUCUAUACACAGUUGAGUAAAAUGCUCAGGAAGUAGGAGGCUUGUUAUUGGUUUCUGUUAAGUUCUAGUGUAGAAUUGUUCUUUACUCGGUUGACCUUCACAUACUGAUGAAUGAAUCACUGGUCAACUUUACAGAUAAUGUCCAGACAGGGCAAAUUUGCUUAAUUUUAAAUUCUUCCAGUUUGUUCUAAAUCGAUAUUGUCUUGCUGAGGUCCCCUGGUAUUCUGCACUUCUCCCAUUACUAAUUUAAUAUUAUGCAGUGCUGCAUAUAUUUAUCAUUUCUUUUGUUUGUAUCGAAUCAGCUUCUUUUGAAUUCUUCUUUUAUUCUCCAACACUGCACAUACAGAUUACUUCCUCCAUGACCACUUCAGAAAGCAGAAGUGGGCAAGGAGUCUGGAGUAACCCUUUAAAUACAUACUUUCUUACUAUAUAGCAUCUCUAUAGUUGUUGUCUCCCCCCCUUUCUUCUGCUCUUCCUUUUUCCCCUUUAUGGAUCACUUCUCACAAUAAAAUUAACAUUAAGUGGCUGUCCCCUAGCUAUCAGUCAUCUGUGUCCUAUACAUCGUCACUCAUUUGGGCUCCACGGCCGAACUCUGUAUCCCGAACAUUCGGCCAUGGCACUAGUUGUUUGCUUAUAAAGAUGUCCAUGGGACUCGCCGGGAAUUUGGAAUUUGAACAAUCAGCCAAUCAGCCCAGAUUCAGUGAAAUCACAAUUUGUCUGAAUCCAAAUGCACAAGUAUAGUUGAUAUAUUGAGGUUAGAAUAGAAUCGAUAAAAGUAACAAAAAAAGGAAUUUAUUCAAAAAUCUGGAGUGUGCGUAAGUUGUAUUUAGUUAUUUUUCUUCCACACAAAGGUAUUUGUAUCUUAAUGUGAACACAUAUAUUUGUAUGAUACUUCUGUAUGUGACCUUUUUAAAAGGUCUAACAUUUUACAUGUAAUUGAGGUGAUAGAUAUUGGAUAGUGCACUCGUUAUGAAAUGUAAUAUUUGUGCAAAUAUUUAAUCCUGGGUAAUAUGGUGGAGAGGAACUUUACUCGGGUUUACACGCUGCUGUGUUUUUAGUUGGAGAAAUUGUUGGCUUGCUUGAGGACCUGUUGAUUCUACGAAAUAUCAUGUGACCGUUUCACACCUUAAGCAAUAAUCAAGUAAAACAUGCUGCAUAUUGUUAACAGAUGAGAAUCGUUGGACAAAAUUGUUUUGUAACUAGUGAGUCAAUGGGAGAUGCUAUCAGACAUUGGUUUUCUAUUGGUAAAGGGAAUCUGUUAUCUAGGUUUCUUUGUUGCUAAGAGCUUAUGUAUUCACUCAAACUCUGCUCAAGUAAUUGCUGUACUGCUUCCUACGAUGUCAUCAUUCAGUUUUUAAGACCAUUUUUUUUAUUUAGACAGGGCUUUCUAUUCUCCACUUCUCUAUCCUGCGGUGUUAUCCUUUUCAGAAGCUCAUUUCGGCUCUUUGGCCAUGCAAGCAAUUCUUGGCACAUAUAUUCUUUAUUUAUAAUUAUGAAAUGUAAAUGGAAUGCUUGCCGGGUUUAUUUUUUUUUUCAGUACUGGUAGAUACGUUUUAAUUAUAUAAAUGUUUUCUAUAGAUCUAUUGGCAGAGCAUCUCUUCAGGCUUCCACGCCACAAAUAUUAAAGGAACAUUAUAGUGUUAGGAAUACAAAGCCAUAUUCCUAACAUUGUAGUGUCCCUCUGCCCCCCCGGAACCUUUUAAACACUUCUCUGAUUCCAGAGCUGAUGAACGCAUGUGAGGAGAGUGUCACUAGAGGCAAUCUAAACACUGCAAUGUAAACAUUGAAGAUUCCAGCUUUCCAGCUGAAGUGGUAGAGGUUAACACAGUGAGGGAGUUUAAGCAUGCAUGGGAUAGGCAUAAGGCUAUCCUAGACUUAAGAUAAGGCCAGGGACUAAUUAAAAGUAUUUUGAAAUAUUGGGCAUACUAGAUGGGCCGAAUGGUUCUUAUCUGCCGUCCCUUUCUAUGUUUCUCUAAAACUGCAAUGUUCUACAUUGCAAGGUUAAUGGAACAGAGACACUGCAUUCAGAGAAUUUCAUGAGUUGAAGUGGUCUGGAUACCUAUAGUGUCCAUUUAAGGCUUUUUAAUUAUGGCUUGCAAAGGGUCUCAGUCCGUUUUACAAUCAAAGUACACAUGUUGGCUGUUCUUCACUGUCAAGAACAAAGGGUUGCAGCCUAAUGAUUUUCAGGUUCACCAGAACUGUAUAACUAAUCGGACCCAGAAUAUGAGAACUUAAUUAACUGUGAUCUGAGGUUGGCCUUAAAAUAUAUAUAUAUAUUUUUUUUACCUCUGAAAGCCCGUCUAGUGACUUUCUUUUUCUUCUGGAAAACAUCAUGUCUCAUAGCCAUCACAUCUGCAAACUAAGUAGGAGAACGUGCAGCUCAUUCUCUGUGCCUUAUUUGUCAUGAUAUAAAGUUGUAUCAUUCCAAAAUAACCUUUCAUUCAUAUCAAUGGACAGUCAAAAGGACUUCUUUAAAAAGCAUCUCUGGUAAGAUGGACCAGAGAAACAAAUGAGCUUGCAUACUCUUAGUCUGAGAAUUCCCUACUUAAAAAAUAUCCAACCACCUAAAAAUGACAAAUGACAGGUUUGGUGUCUUCUUUGUGAGGACCUGUGUGAUUGCAAGUGAUUUUGUAGCGUAACAAGAGGAGUAAGAUUUUAAGAGUCUGUAAAUUUCACUUGGAGAAACUGUUAUUGUACUUCCUGCUAAAUGAGGUGCUUGGAGUGUUUAAAUAUGUGUGUAUCAUAUAUAUUGUUUUCUCCUGUCUUAUUAAUGUUGUGGCUAUUUGAGAAGCCACUCCAGGCUCAUGCUUUGAAAUAGGCCCCAAAGGAGCCACACUAUAAACGUCGUCUUUUUAUUUAUUAAUUAUGAAAUAGAUUGCUGUCACUACAGCAGCUCUCUACGCAUUAUGUAUGGGAACUGUCUUAUUUAUUAAUAGCUUCUCAAUUGCCGUUUAGUACUCUGCCUGUACUGUGCGUGGUGGUCAGGUUUCUUGUUGCGUGCUCACACUUAAAGCCAGAUCUGCAACAUUGCGUUUGCAAAGGAGGGAGAUUCCAAAGGGCACGUGUAUUUGUAGUAGGUUUGCUGUAUGUCACUUGUGUAGUCCAUAACAGCCAGUGAUAAUGUCACAGUGACUUCUGUCAUUAUAUCCAUCAACAUAUUCAGCAUCAGGCAGUGGCAGUCUAAAUUUAGGUUGUUGCUAGUUUGUGUGUGAGCGUAAGUUGUAUUUAGUUCUUUUUCUUCCACACAAAGGUAUUUGUAUCUUAAUGUGAACACAUAUAUGUGUAUGAUACUUAUGUAUGUGUUUAUUAUUUAGAAAAUUAGUAGUAAAUAUAGUUCUUUGGAUUUUAUUCAAACAUUUUAAAGGGUUUAUUUACUAAACAAUGAAUUGUGAUCUGAACUUCAGGCUCGCAAAUUUGAAAAACUUGUCCAACUCUGCUAGAGUCUCAGGUUGACAAAUAUUUCCUAAAGUGGACUUCAGUUUUCAACUCACUAGUUUAUUGAAAAUGUUAGAGUUGUGGAUUGGACAUGGGGUGGGAUGUUGAGUUUGGAUGAAAGGAACACUAUAGGCACCCAGACUCUUUGAAGUGGUCUGGGUGCAGUUUCCCAGGCCCCUUAACCCUGCAAUAGUGUAUAUAUUGCAGUUUUUAAUAAAUUGCAAUCAUUACCUGGCAGGUAAUGAUUGACAACCACCUCUAGUGGUUGUUUACCAGACCCCCACUACAGGAACUUCCAGGUCGUCAGGCGACUUUUAAUUACUUAACUGACGGUGGGUGUCCUCGUGCUAUGCAUUUUUGUAUAAUGCUUUUCUUUGAGGGAAGUCCUAAUGCGAAUGCGGCCAUCGUUGCACAUGUGCAUUAUGUCUAACCUGCCGGCUGAUGUCGGUAGGGGAGGAGUAGAGGCAGAGCCUGAACAAGUACCGAGGGACAUCAACACUGGAAUCAGGUAAGUGACAGAAGGUGGUGGUGUGUUUUUUUUUCUUUCUUAUAACCCCUUCUGCACUGUGGGGGUGGGAAGGUGUGACAGAGGGGAGCAGUAUAGGGAGCUAUAGUGCUAGCAAAAAAACUUUGCUUUUCUGGCACUAUAGUUUAACUUCAAGUCAAUAUAUGAGGAAGAAGCUCUUAAAUUUACCCUGGGCUAAAGGUGCUACCUAGCAUUGCACCUGGUGCAUUGCUGUGGCACUUUACAAUUUGACUAUAAAAAUGAAUAUAGCAUUGACAAGAUUUAUUAAAGGACCACUAUAGUGCCCUGAGGGUGCCCCCACCCUCAGGGCCCCCCUCCCGCCCGGCUCUGGGGAGAGGAAAGGGGUAAAAACUUACCUUUUUCCAGCGCUGGGCGGGGAGCUCUCCUCCUCCGAUCCUCCUCCGUUCCUCCCAUCCGGCUGAAUGCGCGCGCGCGCAUUCAGCCGGUCGCAUAGGAAAGCAUUCACAGAUUUUCACAGUGAGAAUCACGCAAGCGCCUCUAGCUGCUGUCAAUGAGACAGCCGCUAGAGGAAUUGGAGGAAGGAUUAACCCAUUUGUAAACAUAGCAGUUUCUCUGAAACUGCUAUGUUUAUAAAAAAAAAGGGUUAAUCCUAGCUGGACCUGGCACCCAGACCACUUCAUUAAGCUGAAGUGGUCUGGGUGCCUAGAGUGGUCCUUUUAAAGCAACACUAUAGCGUUGGGAAUACAAAUUUGUAAUCCUAACAUCAUAGUGUUCCUGUCCCUUUAAAAGAAAAUCUACGUUUUACUUUUUUCCAGCUUUGAAGCUCCGUGGGUGCUGUCCUUUACUCCCCUGCCGACGUCAUGGAGGAGGGCCCAUUGGGGUUCUAACGCCUGACAAGUGUUGCUUGUGCAUUUAAACUUUCCCAUGGAAAAAAAGGGAAAAUGGGAAAUGAUUUUCUAUGGGGCUUCUGCAUCACAUGACCAAGUUUUUACUGUGCCGUGGAAGCGCCUCUAAUGGUUGUCUAUAUGACCACCGCUAGAGGAGGCGUUAACCCUGUAUUGUAAACAUUGCAACUUCUCAAAGACUGCAGUGUUUUACAUUUCAGGAUGAAAGGGACAGACACACUGUACCCAGGCAUCUUUAUUGAGAUGAAGUGGUCUGGGUGAAUAUAGUGUUCCUUUAAAGUGCAUAUAGGACAAAAAAGCCAAACUGAGAACAUAGCUUAGUUUAACAUUUUUCCAGCUCAGCAGUUUUAGACUAAAAUUUGAAUAAGACUGACUGCAUUGCUUAUUGCAGUACAUGCAACACAUCGGGAGGAAACAAAGAGAAGUGAAACAGAAUUGUUGGAAAUAAAGGUGAAAGGAUUGAAAUAUGUGUUGUAGUGCUGAAAAAAAUGGCAUAUCUUCAAACAAAAUGGUUAAUUAUUAUUAGUAUUCAUAUUGCGCCAACUAAUUCCACAGCGCUUUACAAUAUUAUGGGGGGGGAGACUUACAAUACAUGAGACAAUUACACAGUGACACAGGAACAAUAGGUACAUGAGGUGCUCAAACGAGCUUACAGAUUGCAGUAGAAACCGAUGGGAACAAAAACAAAGUUCAAAAAAUGUGCCAAAUGUUUAUCAUGAAUUAGAUGUAAAAGUGUCCGCAACUGAUUAUUGGUAACCUAGUUCUAACAGGGGAUGUAGCAGAACAAAAUGUAUUCAUUUCUCUUGAAAUCAACACUGGAAUAAAAUAUGCAUAAAAUAUGCCUGUAUGUACAGGCAGUUAAUAUCUAAAGACCUUUAGCAAGCUAAAGUGCUUUUAGUUGUGUGGAGUGUUCUUUAAUCCUCUACCUUUCAAAAGUGACGUGAUCACUGUUAUUGAAUUAGCUUUUUCCCUCAGUGUUCUAUACAAACAGUGGAUGAGUUUAUUGGGGUCACCCUAACCAGUGUUUAACAAUCAAAAUGUAUAGGUUAAAGCAAUGUGAAUAUUGUGCUUUAUAAAGGUCAAGAAAAAAGGUUUGUACUGCAUGGUAUUCUUACAAUGCAGGGUGAAAUCUCUGUUUUGUCCGCUACCUUUGUUUGCAAUUUUACACUGUUUGUGUUCUUUCUGGCGUUUUAGUUGAGUUGGAGCUUUAUCUCUGCUUCUCAUUGUACCGGCAGUAUAAGAGAAUUGUUCAGAGGUACAAUAUGUAUGUUUAAAUAUCAGCUUGUUUUUCUUUGUGGUGGAAUUUGAUUUAUAUAAAUGCAAUGUGUUUUUUGUUUUGUUUACUCAGUUAGGUAGUUAAAGGUAGGGGAAAAAAACCUUUUCUUCUAAUGGUACUGUUACGUAUGUCUCGCGUAUUGUGCCAAGGUAUGAUAUGACUCAUUGCAAACUGAAUGAAGUUUGUCUCCGGUUUCCAUUUAGAUCGAUCCUGUUCAGACUAGUGCCGGCAUAUGUUUUCGCCAUACCAUACUUAUACUAGAAGCGGUGUGCAAUAGAUUGUUUCCUACAAUUGUUUAACAUUCGGUAAAAUGUGAUGAGAGGUAAAUUGACAUUUUAAAGGAUUAGCCUAUUCAAACUUUGACUACAUUAUUUAUAUAGCUGUAUACCAGGCCUUGACAAAUGUGUUUGGAAGCUAGGAGCCAGUUCUUUUUAAACAAGUUUAAUUUUCCACAAGAAAAAUGCAAUUUUUUAAAAGACACUGUGAAGUGGUCUGGGUGCCUAUAGUGGUCCUUUAAUGUAGUAGUUCUGGUGUCUAUAGACUGUCCCUGCAGGCUUUUCAAUGUAAACACUGCCUUUUCAGAGGUGAUUUCUAGUCCAGUGCUGCACGCUAUGCAAGGAGGCGCUGAAUGUUCCCCAUAGAUAGACUUUGAUUCGAUGCAUCUCUAUUAUGAUUGUUAUUAUUUAUAUAGCGCCAACAAAUUCCGCAGCGCUUUACAGUGGGUGGACGAACAAACAUGUAGUUGUAACCAGACAAGUUGGACACACAGGAACAGAGGGGUUGAGGGCCCUGCUCAAUGAACUUACAUGCUAGAGGGAGUGGGGUAAAGCAUGUACCCCACUUUCACUCUUUGAGGAGAUGCUGAUUGGUGCAGCAUUUUGCUGCUCAUGCACAAUAUCCUCUCAGUGAUUUCCUAUGGGAAAGCAUUUGCUUAGCUGAGAUCAUAAAGAUUUGGUUGUGUCAAAACAGGCAUGGCAUGGAGAAAAGGGGUGAGUAAAAAAGGAAAAGCUGAGUAGAUCCUUUUCCCUGAGGUCCAGUGUGGCUGCUCUCUAAUCUUCCUGCAGUUCCUCUUUGCUCCCCUGCACGCUCUGUAGUGAUGCAGGGGCUGGAGUUAAGUCAUAUUCUGGCUACUGGCAUUGCUAAACAGCAUGCGAAAGAGCAGAGAAGAAUUGCAGGAAGAUUAUUGCUCCCUUGCGCUGCGCCUUAGCCAGCUGGCUCCGGUGGCCCCCAGGGCUCUAAAGUGCUGACAAAUCUCAGGUGUCGGGAUGAAAUUUGUAGGCUAUCUGGCACAAAUACUAGGAGAGGCACGAUCCCCAAAGGCAGAGAAACACUAAACUUAAGUGGAUUGCCAGAUCUUCUCCAUUAUUAAGAAGAAUAGAUAAAUAAUCUUUAUUCAAAAGUGAACUUAGUAAGGACACAAAGGGGAGAAUGAAGAUGACCACUGACGCGUUUUGUGCCUCACCAGUAUUUCAUCUGUCUCUCCUAACUGUUCACUUUGGAGUAAACAAUAUUUAUCCUUGUCUGUGGAUCGAGGCGGUUUUUUAUUUUCUUUAUGAUGGAGAAGAUACGUCAAUCCACUUAAGCCUAGUAUUUGACCCAAUAUAACUUUUGAAAAAUGUUUUUAUACUAAUGCAUUAAAUAAAAUAGACUUAUUAAAAAAAAUAAAAAAGUGCAUACAUUUUUAAUGUAUCGCUAAAAGCACUGUAUAGCAGGUCUUUCUGCUGACCCAUCCCAUACCAAUAAGAGGCCACUGGGACACUUUCAUUGUGGUAAAUGGGGAUUGAUCUUAUCCUACAACAGAUUAUGGGAUAAAUAGGUUGUACUCAAAGAGCAGUUCAAAUAAUCUCAUUCAGGGUUAUUCAUUAAAGUGAGAUUUCAAAGUGAAUUUCAGGCUUUAUGCCAGAGCACCCGAAUUGGACACUGUAGGCACCAUGACCUCUUCAGCUAAUUGAAGUUGUAUGGGUGCUGUGUCCCUAUUGCACUUAGUGCUGCAAUGUAAAACACUGCAGUUCCAGAGAACUGUAAUGUUUAUAUUGUAGCUCUAAGUCUGCCCUCAGUGGCUGUCUACCAGACAGCCACCAGGAGUGCUUCCAGAGUUGAAAAGAUAGGUUAAAUACCUAAAAGGUGUUUUUUUUUUUUUUUUUUAAAUGCAUUAUGUAAAUUUGUCCUUACCGAUAUUCUCAUUGAUAAUUACUAAAAGCAUGAAUAGAGAGAAGGAUGCAGACAUAUUCAUCCUGUUUGCUCUUCUAGUGCAUGCUGAUUGGAUUCCAGCAGCUCUGCUCAAUAAGUGGUGUCAGUGGCUGAGUUGUGUACAUACACUAUAAGGGAAGUGGUUUUUGAUUGCAGGGGGUAUGGCUAGGGAGGCAGGCUUAUAGUACUAAAAUUUACCAUCAAAGAUUUGAGCGGGCAAGUACAGCAUCCACGUACUAUAAAUACAAACAUGCCAUGGCAGCUCUCUAAAGUUCUAUAAUACCAUGUAGAAUAUGCCAGUAAGCACAGACAGCAUUUCCCUACCAUAUUUGUGUAAGCUAUUUUAUGAUUACUAUUUAUGCUGUUGUGUGGUUUUGGAUUUUGUUGAACUAAUGCUCAGCCAUGGGCAGCUGUUUCAACCUUUACAGCUCUUCUGCACUGAGCUGACUUUUAGUUCAAUGUUGGAAUUUUGCUGUUUCAGGCAACUUGUUAACAUUUGGCUCAUGAUCUACAACAUUAUAGAUUUAUUUUUAUCUGAGGGAAAUGUUUGUCUCCACAAAAAUCCAUUACCUGUGUUUGUUUAUAAAUUAUGUUUAUUGCUAGACUAUUCUUAAAAUAAUAGAUGAUGAAAUGAGAUUAAAGGAACACAAUAUUCUUAACCCUAUAAUGUUAAAAACACCAUCAAGCCCUCCUUACCCCCCUAAAUAUAGUGAAAUUGUACUUGUAUUCCAGUCUGCUGCUUCUGGCUCUGCACCUCAUCUGCCUAUCAGAAGCUAUGAUCUGAGCUAAUUACAAUUUUUUCACAUAGGAAAGCAUUGGGUUGGCCGAGCUUGUCAACAAGGCAGAUCAGGGGCAGAGCCAGCACAAGCCAAACUCAGCACUGGCCAAUCAGCAUCUCCACACAGAAAUAUAUUGAAUCAAUGCAUAUCUAUAAGGAAAGUUCUGUGUCUCCAGGCAGAGGCACUGAAUGUCAGUCACACUAUGCCACACUCCCCCAGGAAGCACCUCUAGCAGCCAUCUGAGGCAAAGCCAGUGGAGGUAUCCCUAGACUGUAAUGUAAACACUGCAUAUUCUCAGAAAAAAAGUGUUUAUUGCAAAAAGCCUGAAGGAAAUGAUUCUACUCACCAGAACACAUGCAAUAAGCUGUAGUUGUUCUGGUGACUAUAGUGUCCCUUUAAGGUUUGAUUUGAUACUUUAUGAUUAUUUUUAUGUAGAUCGGAGGUGGUUUAAUGUAGAUCUCCAGCUGUUGUAGAACUACAAAUCCAUUUAUGCUUUGCUAGCCACCUAGGGAUCUGUAUUUGGCUACCUCUGGUUUAGAUUCUACACUACUUUUUUCAGGUUUGGAGAAAGAGGAUACUCCUUUUGUGUAUUUUAACUCCACAAACACGAUGGCACACUCCAUUCCCUAAUGUGUUUCGGUUUACAAUUCUGUUGAACAUAUCCUGGUCAUGCAUUUGCUACAGUGCUUGAACCUGGUAUGUAGUGUUUAGCCUAAUUUCAGAAUCAGAAUUUAUUUUUUGCCUUUUUUUUUUUUUUUGUUUACCUCUAACUCCCAAGAGCUCUGCAGUGCAUUGUUAAAAUGUGAUAUAAUUUAGAAGCUUCCCCAUUAGUUGUAGUUAUUAAUAUUAAUAAUACACUGCACAGACCUCUAUCUGUUCAAUAAAUGUUAAGACCAAUGUUUUCCCACUCUUUCAGGCGCGGAUAGCCUUUCUUCAAGGUGAAAGAAAAGGUCAAGAAAAUUUGAAGAAAGAUUUAGUACGAAGGAUAAAAAUGUUAGAAUAUGCAUUAAAGCAAGAGAGGUAAGUGACAAGCAUGAUUUUCAAUAUCCCGUCAGGCAGAUAAAGUAACCAAAUGGUUUAUUAUCAAGCUACUAUGGAUGUAUAGUUGCAUGCCAUAAAAUUUGAAUUCUGUGUUGUAAAAAAAAUAGUCCCAGUGACAAAAGCAGGGCCAAUGAGAUCUCAGAUCAUCUUUACGGCUGCUUAAAUGUGAUAAAAGCUGAUAAAAAUGUUUUAACAACUUAUUGUGGGACAGUGCCAGUGCACUCUUGGCACUGUAACUGCAGCGGGUUGUAGUGGUUAUGGUUCCUCAAAUGUUCCUUUAACACUUUGGCUAUUCCUAGCCAUGACAUGUGCUUAUGAUGGAAUCUAUUUUUCUCCACUUUAAAUACUUGGUUGUAGACUUUACUAUUCAUGGUAUUAAAUAUAACUAGAAUUAAAUGAAUAUUUGGAAUAAAACAUUUCUGAAACAAGUACGGUAAAUUAAAAGCAAAUCAUAGCAAGUUAUAAUAUACAGAUAGUUCUGAGAAAUAUGUUUAACAAGAUUUCUUUAAGUCGUGAUUAACUUUUGCUGUGUAAUCAAUAGACUCAUAUGGUUCAUCUUUCUCUCUCACCACUUCAUCUGAAUUAUACAAUUUCUUACUUUAUAUACAUUAAUAUGUGUAUAUAUAUUUUUUUUUUUCCAGGGCAAAAUAUCAUAAAUUAAAAUAUGGAACAGAACUGAUCCAAGGAGACAUGAAGAUGCCAGCAUAUGAACCUGGUAAUUAGUGUUUAGCCAAAUUGUAGCAUUAAAUUGCUUUAACAAUUAAAGGACCACUCUAGGCACCCAGACCACUUCAGCUUAAUGAAGUGGUCUGGGUGCCAGGUCCAGCUAGGGUUAACCCAUUUUUUAAUAAACAUAGCAGUUUCAGAGAAACUGCUAUGUUUAUGAAUGGGUUAAGCCUUCCCCCUAAUCCUCUAGUAGCUGUCUCAUUGACAGCCACUAGAGGCGCUUGCGUGCUUCUCACUGUGAUUUUCACAGUGAGAGCACGCCAGCGUCCAUAGGAAAGCAUUGUAAAUGCUUUCCUAUGCGACUGGCUGAAUGCGCGCGCAGCUCUUGCCGCGCGUGCGCAUUCAGCCGACAGGGCGGAACGGAGGAGGAGAGAAGGAGGAGAGCUCCCCGCCCAGCGCUGGAAAAAGGUAAGUUUAAACCCCUUUCCCCUUUCCAGAGCCGGGCGGGAGGGGAAACCUGAGGGUGGGGGGACCCUGAGGGUGGGGGCACCCUCAGGGCACUAUAGUGCCAGGAAAACGAGUAUGUUUUCUUGGCACUAUAGUGGUCCAUUAAUGUGUCUUAAUACUUGGGUACACAUGUCUGUUGACAAGUAAAUGGUUUCUCCAACCCAUUUUCAUAGUUAAUUGCAUAAUGCUCUAUUUGAGUUACAUGUCAUCUGUACAGAUAUACAUUUGCUUACACCUAGCAUGUAAGUAUAUGAUAUCUUAUGUUUAGUAGGUUACAUGUAAAUAGAUAUUAUAAUUAAAGACAUUACAAAACCUCCCAUAGUUUAAGAAAUGGGUCAAAUGGGGUGUUCCUUUUAAAGUUUAAAGUGGGUUUUUUGUUUUUGUUUUUUUUUUUAUUAAAGGAACACUAUAGGGUCAGGGACACAAACAUGUAUUCUUGACCUAAUAGUGUUGGAAAUCACCAUUUAGGUGGCUGGCCCUCUUAGGUUUAAAACUUACCUUAUUUCCAGUCGACCGGCAUGGGCCCCACCCCUACACCCAUCUGCAACUUUGGCUGACAUCAUUAGAAAGGCAAAAGCAUUGGAUUGGCUGAGAUCGUCAAGGAGGCAGAGUGUGGAGACGCUGAACAUCAGUGAUGCGCACUAUGCAGCACCUCCAGUGGCCAUCUGAGGAGUGGCCGCUGGAGGUGUCUCUAGGCUGUAAUGUAAACACUGCCUUUUCAUAGAAAAUGCAGUGUUUAAAACAAAAAAAAGCCAGCAGGGACUGACUAUACUUACCAGCACAAAUACAUUAAGCUGUAGUUGUUUCUGGUGACUAUAGUGUCACUUUAAUGUUUUUUUUUUAUCUGAGGUAUUAAAAAUAUAUAUGUAAAAAGAAAAAUAUUUUUUUUAAAGUGCUUAAAUUUAAUUUCCUGCAGGGCUAAGCUUUCCAAUAACAUUUAUGGUUGUAUUUGAUUGGACUGGCUCAUAGCACAUGCGUGUGGCUCUGAGCUGGUGAGGGGAGAGAGAUUGGGAGUGUUUUUUGGGGUUGAAGAGGUGGGUGACUGGCAAAGGAGGGAGGGAACAGAGAAGUAAGGCUCCCCCUUGCAUGCUACCUGGAUGAGAGAUGCUCAUUGCACCUGUUGCCAACUUGCUUGGUUGAGAACAGGUGUCAUUUUAGCACAACCUUUAUAUUAGGACCUCUAUUCUGAGCUGCCUAAGUCAUGUGUUCUGAUGAUGUAAAUAUCCCCAGCGCACAAGUGCAAAUAUCUCGAUGUGCGGUGCUUCAAGCUAAAACGCUGCACACCACAGAUUCCUGCCACCAUAACCACUUCUAAAAGCAGAAGUGGUCAUGGUGAUUGGAGUAACAAUUUAAUGGUUUUCUGGGAGUCGUAGUUCAGUUACUUCAAUUGUAGACUUCUAACAUCUGAACUACAACUAAUUAUUAUUAUUAUUGUUGGUAUUUAUAUAGCGCCAACUAAUCCCGCAGGGCUUUACAAUAUUAUGAAAGGGGGGGAAAUUUACAAUAAAUGAGACAAUUACACAGUGACACAGGAACAAUAUUUAGAUGAGGACCCUGCUCAAACGAACUUAGAGUCUAGAGAAGGUGGGGUACAAAUACAAAACAGGGCAGCAAGGGUGACAGCCACCAAAAAAGGUGGAAAAGUAGCAGAGCUGAAGGGAAGAGACUCUUUAGGAGAGCAAGAUUAAGAUUUGGAUAAGUAUAGAUAAAUUACUCUGGAAGUCCAUAAGCAUUUCUGAACAGAUGUGUUUUGAGGGACUUCUUGAACAAUUGAAGACUACGGGAGAGUCUGAUGGGGAGCCGCCCGUGAGAAGUCCUGCAAGCGCGAGUUAGCAGUAAGGGUGCAAGCAGCGGACAUGAGAAGGUCACCGACAGAUCGGAGAGACCGAGAAGGGGCAUCUCUGAAUCAGGGAAGAAAUGUAAGAGGAGCUAGUGUUGGUUAGAGCUUUAUAGGUAAAGGUUAGUAUUUUGAAUUGACACCUAUAGGAUACAGGAAACCAGUGGAAGGAUCGACAGAGGGGCGAGGUAUGGGAGGAGCGACGGGUGAGAAAGAUCAGCCUGGCGGCAGCAUUCAUUACAGAUUGUAGCGGGGCAGUUUGGCCUUUGGGGAGACCAACUAGGAGAAAAUUACAGUAGUUCAUGCGAGAGAUUACCAGAGCAUGAACAAGCUCCUUGGCAGCAUCUUGCAUUAAAAAGGGGCGAAUGUUUUUAAGGUUAAUCGACAGGUUUUAGCAACAUAGUAGAUAUGUAGCGCAAAGGUGAGGCCAGGAUCAAAAAUAACGCCAAGACAACAACCUUGCAAGGAUGGACUGAUGCAAGUGCCAUCAACUUGCAGGGAAAGCGAAGGAGAAUCAGCAUUAUGAGGGGGAAAAAUAAGAAGCUCAGUUUUAUAGAGGUUAAGUUUCAGAAAGCGGGAGGGAAGAAAUGCAAGCAGUGACAUGUUGCAGGACCGUGCGGCAGAGAUCAGUGGAGGAGAGAUAAAUCUGCGUUUUGUCGGCAUACAGAUGGUAGCGGAAUCCAAAGGAGUUAAUGCGUUUGCCAAGAGAGGCAGUAUAAAGAGAGAACAGCAACUCCCACAGACCUAAGUCUCAACAUCAUAUACUGCAGUACAUAGAGAUAGCAAAGGUGGAAAUAUGUAGCCAUUUAGAUGCUUAUUAUACCCUACCAUUUUCAGGCAUUCAGAACAAUUUGCAGAAAACGGACGCACAUGAGUACUAUCCGUGUUUAUGCAAAUCUCUGUAUGUACAUAUCUGAUAUUCAGUUGGCUAGCUUUAACCAGCACGUUUGUCCUAGUAUGAGUGAGCGUUCGUUUAAAGGGACACUGUAGGCACCGUGUAGUGGUUUUGUUGCCUAGCGUUGCUGAGUGUUGUCUCUAGUUUAUGUCACACCACUUGGGAGCAGUUUGACAGAAACCAGGCAUGUGGAGACCACCCUCUAUGGGUAAUACAGUUAACACUUCCGCAUUAUCAAUGUUGGCUUUGUCCAACAUUUUCUUAAUUAGUAAGUAGGUAAUGUGAAACCAGGUGUUCCUUGUUGGUUGAAAAUACAUUUUAAGUGGUUAAGUGUGAAGAACAGGCUAAACUUGUGUUUUUUUAGGGGGGAUUGAUGUUGAUUGUAUCCUCUUGCCUUCCAGAAGAAACCAAAGAAUCAGAGAUUCCCCCGGGGCCUCAAAAUAGUCAGCUGACCUGGAAACAAGGCCGGCAGCUGUUAAGACAGUAAGUAAAUAAGUACGGACCUGUGUGGGAGAUUCGGUUUCAGUCUAGUAACACUUCUGUUGGCAUGCUACCAAAAAGGGCUGAAGGAACUGAGCAAGACCAGGCCUUUCAUUGACUCAUGUUCCCUUGUUCUAAACCACUAGUUAGUAAUACUUCAAAAUAAACAGAAAUUCAGACUAAUCUCCCAAAAAAAUAAUCUGUAUACCUAGUUGUGUACAUGUCUGAGUAUUUCAAAGACUUUUAGCGAAUACUUACACACUACAAUAUACAGGAUAUUUGUAAAUCCUUGCCAUGAACAUCUGUUAGGCUAGAAAAUAUAUUUUAGUGGGUCAGUAAGGCUUUUGGUUUUGCUCUUUUUUUCUGUAUUUGUUUUUCCCCCUCUUGGAUUUUAAAUAUGUCUAAUAUUGAUGCUGCUGUUGAACUGUGUCUCCUCAAUUCUCUAAGUAUGCAAAUAAUUGAGGGAGCCCAACAUCAACUGGGGGCCCCUCCUGGGUUGGGAGAAACGGUGUGAGCCCCAUUGCACUCUCAUUUGAAUAUUGAAUUGGGGACGGUUAUACUCCGUUGCACUCUCAUUUGAAUAUUGGGUUGGGGACAGGAAGAAUGGUCAGACUCUUGCACACUCGAAGUUGAAUAUUAGGUUAGGAAUGGGAGGAACUCUGACUUGUUUGUCAAGCAGUGCUCAUCUUCGACAUCAUUUUAAAUUAAGGCAAGUGUUUAGGAAGGGAUCGGUUGUACUUAGCAUUGCAGUUAAACAUUUUCCCACUUACCUAUUCUCCAUCUAUCCAUCAUCUACCCUUCAUUUGUCUUAGAGGACAGAAAAUAAAUGUUACUACUCCUUCCAUGUUUGCUUGGGUUUGAAAUCUGUUAUAUUUAGUGUGCUUCCAUCCCAAUGCCAUGCUUUUCCCAUUGAAAAUGUUUUUUGGUUAAGCUGAUCAUUUGUGUGGGAAGAAUUUUGUAAACUCGUUCACUGACUAAAAAGUCAACAUUGGCUUUAGAAUUGCUCAGCAUUUUGUGAUGUUCAUUUUAGGUACCUUCAAGAAGUUGGGUACACAGACACGAUAUUGGAUGUUCGGUCACAAAGGGUACGCUCCUUGCUCGGACUGUCUGGCUCAGAGCCAAAUGGUUCAGUUGAAAAGAAGAACUUAGAACAAAUCCUCAAUGGUGGGGAUUCUCCUUCAAUUAAGCAAAAGGGACAGGAAAACAAAAGGUCAGUAUAACAUCCAAACUACAAACCUUACAUAGAGAAAUGUGACCAGGAUCCAUUGAAUUUAAAAUGAUACAUGUUUUACCGAGCACACAGAUAAGUUGGUUCAGUUUAAAGAGUCCCUCCCUCUAUUAAGAUAUAGUCUAUGGGUCCAAAUUCUCAUUCUGUAAAUAAAGUUAUACACAGGACAGAAUAUAACCUCAUUUUGUGUUAUACUGUGUAAUCCCUGUCAUUUAAUUUUCCUUUUUUUCUGUAGGAACUCGGGUGAUGUCCUUGAAACUUUUAAUUUCUUAGAAAAUGCUGAUGACAGUGAUGAAGAGGAUGAAGGCGACAUAGUAGAGGAUGUCACAGACGGCAAGGACCAGCAACGUAUAAACAAAAAGCAUAAAGUAAGCCUAGUUUGUAGUAUGCAUGAUCGUUCUCCUAUAUUAGCAGCUGCAUCCCAAAAUAAAACCGCCGGCCCAGGGAAACGGAGUUUGUUCUUUCUAUACUUGGAGACAGAGUUGUGUGUAAGUUUAGGGCUGGGAUUUGGACGAAGGCCCAGAGAACAUGAACAUGAACAUGUUUUUUGUUUCUGCAACUUAAUAUGUUUGUCAAAAGUGGUUAUGCGUGGUCAUGCUCUAGUGCUCUAGAAAAGCAUGCCGGCCCUGUCCAUGUUUCAUGUUCCUUGUGCUGAAUCAUAGUUAGCUGUCAUUGACUCACGCAUGGGGGAUUUACAGUGUGUCAAAUAACAUGUUUGUACCUGAUUGUAUUUCCUUUGUAUCCUCUCUGCAUUUGUAACAACUCUGCUUCGACUUCGACAGAGAAUGUUUGCUCCUUGAGUCUUAUAUGGUAUCAUUUUUGAAACACAUUUAUAUAAAAAGGGAAUAUAAUAAUAAACACAAACCAAAAAACACUUGCUGUUUAAAAUGCUUUGAGAAGCUCUUCUCAAAUAUAUGCUUUCCUGUGGUUACUUCCAAUGGGGCACCUGGUGUGAAGGAGUGGGGUGUUCAACCCAAAAGGAAUCUGGUCAGCACUCCAAAUAUAUAUACAGGGAAUCAUAUGGGAAGGCACAACUAGAGCAUGCAAAAUAUAAACAAAAUACUGUAUUUACUUGAAUCUGAUAAAGUUUCCAAAAUUUUAAUGCACAUAAAAUUCUGGACAAAAUUUUCUGGGUCAUUCAGGCGCAUUUCACACUGGCGAAUUUCAUUCCUGAAAGAGGGCUUAAGAAAGAAUAGAUUUGACACGUAACACUAAAAUUGAAAUACCAUCACUGUUACUAUGGUACAUGGCAAUAAACAUUUUCAUUGUAGCACAAUGUUGUAUAGUAGUAUCUUUGCAUUACAUUCGCCAACAAAAAACAAUUUCAGCUUCCAGGUUUAAAAAAAAAUUGAGGUGCGUAUUAGAGUUGAAUAAAUACGGGAUGCAUUAAGGGAACAGCAUGCACACAAAAAAUGUUUUAAAUCUUAUAAUGCUACUUAAAAGCACCUAUUUUAGCAAGUGGAUAUGGGGAUUUGCCUGUAGUAACAAGACAUGUUUCUUUUGUACAGAUUGGCAAUGAAGGUUUAGCUGCUGAGCUGGCAGAUGACACAGAGGAAGCUCUGAAAGAGUUUGACUUUCUAGUGACUGCAGAAGAUGGAGAGGGUGCGGGGGAAGCCAGGAGCUCAGGCGAUGGGACAGAAUGGGGUAAGAGCUAACCUGGCCAUGUCGUUGGACAAAGCAAAAUCUUUCGUCAGGAACCUUCCAUCUCCUCUCUUUUUGCAAGAAUUUUGUUUUGCAGACAAAGAUGGCCUAGUCUUCCCCGAGUAAUGCAGAUAAAGCAAUAAUGAAUUAAUGGGAUUUUGAGUUUGCGUUCAGGUAGUGUUUGUUUUUUGUGUGUGUGCGCUAAUAUGCUCUUGGUUGAGGUCUGAAUUGGCACUUAAGCUGCUUACAGAUUUGUAGAUAAUUGACAAGUAAGAUUUGCAGAACGUUUUUUAAUAGACCUAUAAAACCAAACUAUUUUAUUAAAACAAAAAACAAACUUGAGAAAUCCUGUCUCCACAGCUAUCUGAGUUCCCAGCUUGAUCCAAAAGGAGCAGUGAUCAGCUCUAUGGAUCAUAGCCCAUGCUUUUGUUUAUUAGAGUAUAUAGGCAAUUAUAGAGACAAUACUGUUUAACUUUUGAUAGAUCUAUUUACUAUAGCUACUUAUAGCCAGUGCUAUACCUGAGAUGUGGUUUAUUUCAUGUUUUUUUUGUGGAUUUAGCUUCACCAUAUCGGUGCGUUUAAAACCUAGACCUUCAGAGCUUACCAUAAAACAUCAUCUCGUGGUACAUUAAUAAAACUACAGUGUUUUGACUUACAUCAACUACAACUGCAGGGCAUUUUGCUUCCUUUCCAAACUUAAAUGGUUGUGAAUCGGAGGAGGUGAUUAACACAGAAAUAAAGGUUUCUUUUGAAAACAUAUUGUAUAUGUCAGAAUAUUAUAUGUCGUCCAUACACGACGUGUUCACAAACAGGUCAAACCUUAUUCAGCAAUUCAUACAUAACUUGGCAGAAAGAUAAAUGAUAUAUUACAUUACUUAUUCCCACAGUCCUAUUGAUACAAUACUCCUACCUUAGCAGUACUUGUGCUUUCACUUCUGCCCAACUACCAUCACCGUAUUUCCCACCCCCAAAGUAUGUGCAUUACAGUUGCUGUGAAGACAAGCGGGAAUACUUUAAGGAGGUUCUCCUCCUCUUCACCUGUCCGUCAACCUUUGACAUACACUCUAUGCAAGAAUUUAUUGGGUAUGAUCAUAAAUUCAGAAAAUUCUGAGGGGAAGUCUAUAAAUUUGCAAGCAACCUAUUUAGCACAAUGUAUAGCUGGAAUUGUAGCACUCCUUGAGACAAUGUAAGGCACGAUAAGUACAUUUUUUUAUGCCUUACUAUGUCCUGUCUUUCCUUAUAUAGUGACUGAAUGCAUCCUUGCAUGCAACAAUUGCCAAACCUGUUUAAAUCUCUCAAAACAAGCAUUGCAAUACAUCAUAUUCCAUAUAAUCUAAAAAUCGAUUCAAAUGUUAAUGUUGCAUUAAUUAAAAGGGUUUUUUUUUGUUUGGUUGUUUUUUUUGUUUUGUUUUUUACAAUUUUUGUUAAAAAUCUGAAAAUGUCAUUGGGAAUUAUGAAAAUGUUACCUGCAUAUUUUGAGAAUGUAAAAAUAACAUUCUAUCUUUAUAAAGAGAAUGCCAUUUUCUAAUUUUGCUUGGCUUCUAGCCCUGUGAGAUGUAGGGGUAAUUGACCAGAAGUGGGACAUCUGCAGUGGAUUUGUGUCCUCCUGUUACUCCAAUUGUGAUAUCCCUUAUUCCUUGGCCACUCGUUAAAGGUUUUUGGGAUUCCAAGCAAAGCGUUAGACAAGAUGGGUUUGACAAAUUUAUACACAUUUGCUCACUUGCACUGCCAUGUCCCCUGCAGAGGUUGCAAUGGGUGUUUUUAUGCCCCUACAUAGUCAAUGUAGUCCAGGGGGAGUGUAAAUAGUGAAAGGUGUUUUUAUUUAAAUUGUUUUAAUGAUCUAUAACAAGGCUCAAACAUUCUGCUUGCACACUAGCCACUGGUGAGUGGUAAUUAAUCCCUACCUUGUGUGCCAUGGACUCCUCGCAGCCUGUGAGGAUCUUCAUUGCUUUUUGAAAGCAGCAGCUUAUUAUAAAUGUGGCAUCUCCCACUUCCUUUUCUUCUUCCCACCAGAUGGUAACUGUGACAUUGCCUGGUGGAAAACGUUUUGUUUUGUUUUUUUUAAUUCUUUUUAUGUAUUUUGUUUUUUUGCAGCUAGUGCACCUGUCACCUACCCUCAUCUGAUAUAAGUACUGCAACACUCACAGAAUAGUUGAAAGGCUAAAAUAAACAGCCUGCAUGCCUCCAAUACCGAUUUAUAGCAGAGGAGAGGAACUUGCUCUAGAUCUCUUCCCUAUAUGUACAGAAAGUAUAGAUAACAGUGAAAUUAGGAAUGUAUUGAAAUCAGACUUUAAUUACAUUUUAAAUCAUGCACUGCACAAUAGGUCCACUCUACACAUUGUCCUAGCCAAAUUGCUUGCAAAUGUUUAUUUUUUAUUCUGACUUCCUUAGCCAUUGUCAUCAGCGUUACUGUAAAAAUAUUACAUUCAUGGAGUCCACAAACAGCCACAUGAUGAUCUUUGGCAGAUUGUUUUGCAGAAGAUUGUUUGCGUUGGACAAAUACAAUGUAUAUGUCCAGUUAGGUUUAGGACUUGACAGUUUGAGCCUUGAUCUAGAUUACAAAACAUCCUCCAAAAAAAAGGAUGUGCUAUUACAUAUUUAUGUUGGAGACUUGCUUAAAGGAACACUCCAAGCACCAUAACCACCUCUGCACUAGUGGUUAUGGUGCUGUAUUUAGAAUUUUUUUUUCCUGUACUUACCUUGUGUCCACCGUUUCCCGCAUCCUCCCUCUCUACAGCCUCCCGGAAAGCUGGAUAGCAUCAGCUGGUCGCUAUCAGCCAAUGAGCUCAGCCCUGCAUUACCAGGCUUGGCUCCAGUGGAGAGCUUCCAGCUCCAGAGGCACUCUAUAGUGUUUAUCGUGCUUGGAGUGCUCGUUUAAGCACCUGAUGGACUACAUUGUAACGAUUCACUGAGUAAUGCUUAAAGGGACACUAUAGUCACCAGAACAACUGCAGCUUAAUGUAGUUGUUCUGGUGAGUAUAAUAGCUCCCUUCAGGCAUUUUCAUGCAAACACUGCAUUUUCAGAGAAAAGGCAGUGUUUACAUGUCCCCUAGGGACACCUCCAAGUGGCCACUCCUCAGAUGGCCACUGGAGGGUCUCCCUGGCUCAGUGCUGCACAGUAGACACACCUGCCAUUCAGCAUCCCCACGCUCUGCAUGGAGACUCUCAAUUUUCCUCAUAAGGAAUCUGAAUUCUCCUCAUAGAUAUGCAUCUGCCCCAUGCCGAUUUUAGCCUAUCCAAAGCAUUGGAUUAGCAAAAAAGUGGCAAUUUUGAUGUCACAAAGGAGGCGGGGCCAGCGCCGGCAGAGCCGUGGAGAGUUGAAAAUAAGGUGAGUUUUAACCCAUUCUGAGGGGGUUAAUGAGGGGCAAGCCACUUAAAUGGGUGUUUUUUUUACUAUAGGGUCAGGAAUGCAUGUUUGUGUUCCUGACCCUAUAGUGAUCCUUUUAAUAGUCUUUAAUUUCUUUCAUCCUUGUAGAAGACAUUUAACAAGAUUCUAUUUUUCUUUGCCGUUUUGCUUUAAACUUGUGAAUGAAGUGUUUAUACUUCCAGUGCCAAUUUAGACACAAGUGCUUAAAGUAUCCUCUAGUAGCUUAGAAAACUGGGUUAGUUGUGUUGACAGAAGGACAAGCUUUCAUCUUUCUUUUUGUAGGUGAUCUGAGGAAUGUAGACCUAUGCUUGCUUUCGUAAAAAAUAAAUAACUAAAAAUAAAAAGAGAAACCUGUCUUAUUAAAGAAUAAUACAUUUGGAGCAGCCAGCUUAGUAAAGUCAGGGUAAGACUGGCCUCUGAUUCUUGACCAGAUAAAAAGUAAUACUUACAAUAAUUUGUGUAAAAAGAAUAAUAAAGUCAAAUACAUGGAUUUUUAUUUUUUUUAACGUUGAAAAGCCAUAAAUUGUGUUGUAGGUAGAAAAUAACGCACACAAGUUGAAAAGUACCAAAAAAUCAUUAAAUCGGCACUAGUGUGUUCUGAGCAGCUAAAAAAUAUGCAUUGUAACUGAAACUGCCCUGCAACCGCUUAAAAUAUAGGGGCAGUGUGGUUACCACACGGUACUUUCCUACUUCAGAAUAGUCCCUUGUCUUCAGACCCUCAGGUAAGUAUUGCACACCUUGCAACAAUGACGACGAAUGCAUUUGCAUCUUCAAUUAGAUACCUGCUGUAGUGUUGCAGUUAGGUGUGCUGGAAGACUUAAAAAAAAACUUGUGAGGAACUAUGUGUGGGUUUUGCAGGAACUCUGGGAGAAGAAAAGGGACAAAACACCUUCUAAACGGUUAUCAGAGUAGACAUAAGCCUCAAUAACCCAUAACGAUGUAUGAAGGCACCAACAACUAACUAGAUAUUCUAAUUUAAUGUGCAAGAACAGCAGUGAUGUACUUAAUACUGGCAGACAAUAUUCCUAACCAACAGACUUAGAUACGUUAGUGCUGUUCGUGUGCAAUGGUCGCAAUCUCUCGUUUCUUAUCUCUUAGUGGGCAACGGUCUCACAGUGGUGUACGGAGGUCUCACUCUCUUAUCUUGGUUAAUGUACAACAGUUUUUCAUUCUCUAUUGCAAACAAAAAUCUGCAUUCAAAGUUUCAGUCUGCAUAUAGGGACCUCGUGAAAGAUGUAGAAAUUAGUAAGUGGUAAAUAAAAAGAUAGGUAAUUAUCACAUGCACGUUUGUUGUUUAGCAAGCAUGUCAUCUGAAGUUACAAAAGCAUAGUCUAAUGGACAUGGAUAUAAUUGUGAAAUAUUAAAAAAACUGCUGUUGGCAGUAAGUCAAUAUUAAGAUGUAACACUAUAUUGGUCCAAUGUUAUAGUACAAUAAAGCAAUUAAAUUAAGAAGAAAUCUGUGUCUGUUUUAUAGUUUCUUUUGUUAUCUUUCAUUCUUUUUGUUUGUUACGUCUUUCGUUUUCAGGUCCACACAUUUCAUCUUGGAUUUUUUAAAAUUAAUUUUUUAUUUUUCCUCUUCCCUUUUAUCUCUCUUUAAGUGUUGUUCACUUUUAUGACAAAUUGUUUGUAAUGAUUGGCAGACAUACUUGUUGAAGCCUUUAUGCUGAUAAGCACUUGCAUUAUUGAGACAACGAUAAGGCUUGCUUAAUGUGAGAUAAGAGGAAACAUAAAGGAAAAAAACUAUGUGAACUCUUUAGGCUCCUGUUCAACCAUACAAACACACAAAAGACAUAGUAUUCUUCAGAUUUACGUAACAAAUUGUAUUUACAUGGCAGUAAGGGUAAAUGGCGGUUGGAAAGGAAAAUGUGAGAGACCACAACCUGGGAAGGUUUUGCUGGAAAAGAUCAGUCAAUGGGGAAAUCACAAAUAUCUCAACAAUUACAAAGUUCUUCUUCACAGCCAAAACCUUACAAUAAAACACAUAGAUUGUCUGGAGAGAUUUUAUAAUGGCCGAUAUUCAAAUAAUAACACUUUGAUAUUUUUUUUUUUAUUAUUCCCACCUCCCCGCCCCCCAUCCAUUUGCAAAAAACAUUGCACCUACAUUAUGAGCCUUGAUUUGUGCUUUGCCUACUCCGCGAAGUAGCUUUCCAGUCAUGUCAUUUUGGUUUAGGGAGUCUGAACUGUUGGAUAUGUUCAGUUAGGCCUUGAAAAGGUGUAGUGGGAGGGGCUGAUUAGCAGAUUUCAAAGCACUCUGUGCACAGCUGCUGUGCUGCUCAGAUCAGGGAUUUGUGGAACUUGCACUUUAAAUUAUUGACUAUCUACUUAUUCAAGCUGAAGCUUUGCUUUGCUUCCCGUUACUACUGUGUUAUUGGAAAAUGCAGACUACAAAAGAGGGACAGAGGUGACAGGGUAAAGGUGCAGAAUGCUGCAAAUUUGUAUUUAUUGUACUAAUAUAGUGUUACAUCUUUAUUGACUUACUGCACAUAGUAUGUUUUUUCGGUAUUGCACGUUCGCUUGUAUGACCAUUUACAAACUCAUUUGUAUUUUCACAUGACAUACUAUCAAAGCCAUUUUUUACUGUGUUGUUCACAUUAGUGAGAAUUUUAAGUGAAUUUCACAUUUAAGGCCAAGGUAGUGAACUAGAAGCAUUUUAACCUGAAAUUGCAGUUCGUAACUCUCUUUUUUUAAAUAAUCACUUUAGAGUUACCCUGUUUCACAGUGUGUCCUCUCCCUUUUUGCUUGUCCCUCCAAAAACAGCCUAUUUCUACACAGACUAUUGUCUUCCCCGAUAACCAUACUGCCCUACCAACCAUUUUACUAGCCAGUUGUACUUUGUAAUUAAAAGAACAUUGUAGGGUCAAGAAUACCAACAUUUUGCCCCCCCCUUGUACUCCUUAAAACAAAAGAAAUCUUAACUUAAUUCCGGCGCCACGUGGGGGCCCCUGGCACUGGAUAUGCCCACACUCCGCCCCCUUUGCUGAAAUUAUCAAAACUGACUAGAUCAGCCAAUCCAGUGCUUUACUGUAGGAAAGCAUUGGGAGGCUGAUGCGCACAGGCAGAAAAACUCAGAUGCAUUGACUCAAUGCAUUUCUGUGGGGAAUGUUCAGCUCCUUGAUGUCGAACAGUACUGCAUGUUGUGCAGCACUGACCCAGUAAACACCUCGUGGCCGUGAGGAGUGGUCACUUUAGAUGUCCCUAGGCAGCAAUGUAAAUGCUACCUUUUUUUAUGAAAAGGCAGUGUUUACAGCAAGACGCCUGCAGGGACAUGCCAUACUCACUAGAAUAACUUAAUUAAGCUGUGGUAGUUCUUGUGACUACAGUGUCCUUUAAGUCCUAGCUUACCUGCUGCACCACCCUUGGAAGAAAAACGUGUUGAAGACAAAAUGCUUAGCUGCUUAUUGAUGCAAUGUGGGCUUUACUCGGCUUGCUGUGGCUGUAUUUCAAUUUUGAUGCAUGUUUAUACACUACCUCAGCUGCAAUGUAUAUUCUUUGCUACAGUUGCUCUAUAAGGUAAUCAGCGUUGCGGAAAAGUCCGGCUUGAGCAGAAUUCUAAAAAAAAAUAUAUAUAUAUUUCCACAAUUCUUCCAGAACACACUGCUCAACAUGCAAAUGAGAAUAUUCAGAUUUUGUCAUGCAUUACAGCACCAUGCUGACAGCCCAUGGGUUGAAACUGUACAGGCUGUGCUUGGAUUGUCAUCCUUGGUCCAUUUUGAUCACGGCUCAUAUUAGAAUUAAAAAGCUGUGUUUUAAACCAGUGCUCUUUGGUUAAAGGUCCGUGCAAAUACUUGAAAAAAUGAAUACAUUUUUCUCUCUCCUCGUAUUUGCAUAUAUUUAGAAUAUUAUAUUUAUACAGCAGUUAAAGUAUACAAGUUUUGUUCCUUUAAAACAUCUCCUACAAUUGUCAUAUGGAAAAUACUGAAUGGGAAGACCCUGUAGGCUUCCAUUUACACUCACAAUUGAUUGUCAUAACAAUUUUCAUGGUUAAAAAUUAAAUAAAUCCUAUUUUCUGUGGAGGUUGGAAUAUCCAGAAUACUCUACUUUCUCGCUGUGUUUGUGGGUUACAAGUAUUUUUGUGAGGUUGUCCAUGAUUGUAGACUAUGGUAAGGUCCAGUAAAUAAAAUAUGUAGGAGAAAAAAAUUUAAUAUAUGUAGUACUGCUGAAUGUUGCAGGUCCAUCAGGUGUUGCCUAGUUGUCCAAAGGGCCUUCCACGAUUUUUAUAGUUACAUAGGCUAAGAGACAUGUGUCAAACAAGUUCAGCCUUCCUCACGUUUGUUUUUUGCUGUUACAUAGUUACAUAGUUAUAUAGCUGAAAAGAGACUUGCGUCCAUCAAGUUCAGCCUUCCUCACAUUUGUUUUUUGCUGUUGAUCCAAAAGAAGGCAAAAAAACAGGUUUGAAGCACAAUUUUGCAACAAGCUAGGAAAAAAUUCCUCCUUGACCCCAGAAUGGCAGUCAGAUUUAUCCUUGGAUCAAGCAGUUAUUACCCUACAUUGAAAGAUUAUAUCCUUGAAUAUUCUGUUUUUGCAAGUAUGCAUCUAGUAGCUGUUUGAACAUCUGUAUGGACUUUGAUAAAACCACUUCUUCAGGCAGAGAAUUCCACAUCCUGAUUGUUCUUACAGUAAAAAAAACCUUUCCUUUGCUUUAGACAAAAUCUUCUUUCUUCCAAUCUAAACGCAUGACCUCGUCUCCUAUGUAAAGUCCGGUUUGUGAAUAGAUUUCCACACAAUGGUUUGUAUUGGCCCCGAAUAUAUUUGUAUAAUGUUAUCAUAUCCCCUCUCAGGCGAUGUUUUUCUAAACUAAAUAGGUUAAAAUUUGUUAACCUUUCUUCAUAGCUGAUAUGUUCCAUUCCUUUUAUUAAUUUUGUAGCCCGCCUCUGCACUUUUUCUAGUGCCAUAAUAUCCUUCUUUAGAACAGGUGCCCAAAAUUGCACAGCAUAUUCAAUAUGUGGUCUUACCAGUGAUUUAUAAAGAGGCAAAAUGAUAUUCUCGUCCCGAGAAUGAAUGCCCCUUUUCAUGCAUGACAAUACCUUACUGGCCUUGGCCACUGCUGAUUGACAUUGCACAUUGUUGCAUAGUUUGUUGUCUAUAACAAUUCCCAAGUCCUUUUCAUGUGUUGUUAUCCCUAAUUCGCUUCCAUUAAGGGUAUACGUUGCUUGUGUAUUCUUUACGCCGAAGUGCAUAACUUUGCAUUUUUCAACAUUAAAUUUCAUCUGCCAUUUGAGUGCCCAGUCCCCCAGUCUAUCUAAAUCCCUCUGCAGCAAAGUAAUAUCUUGCUCACAUUGUAUUGUUUUACAAAGUUUUGUGUCAUCUGCAAACACUGAAACAUGACUUUCAAUGCGGUCUUCAAGAUCACUUAUAAACAUGUUAAAUAGAAGGGGUCCCAGAACAGACCCCUGAGGGACACCACUUGCCACCUCUGUCCAGCUUGAAAAUUUACCAUUAAUGACAACUCUUUGUACUCUGUUUUUAAGCCAAUGUUCUACCUGUUGAUCGAAAAGAAGGCAAACACAUUUUGAAGCACUUCCAAUUUUGCAAAAAACUAGGAAUACCAUUACUUCUUGACCCCAGAAUGGCAGUCAGAUUUAUCCUUGAUUCAAGAAGCUAUUACCCUACGAUUGAAAAAGUAUAUUUGAUAUUUUUGCAAGUUUGCAUGUAGUUGCUGUUUAUACAUCUGUACAGACUCUGAUAAAACCAGUUCUUUAGUCAGAGCAUCCCAAAUAUACGAGUGUACAAGGGCACAUUUCUGUGUAGGGAAUAUACAUAAUUGGUGAAAUUUGCUAUUUUUCCACAAUGCAAUGUUAGUCACAAGGCAUUUUAAAUGAAAAGCAGACAGUUAGUCUAACCAGGAAUGUGGGAGCUUAUUUGGGACAUAAUGUCCAGAUAAUCGUACAAUAAUAGUAAAGUAUAUUAAUGUCUAAAUAUGUGUAGUUUUACUACUUUAUAUAGCACAAACGUAUUCCGCAGCCCUUUUCCAGUUUGAGAAAGGAUGCUCAAACGAGCUGACAACCUAUGGUAGCUGGAUACACGUCGUAAGGUGUGUUACCCAAGGACACCUAUUAAUCAUAUGGCUAAUGAUGAUAUGAAAUGUUUUUUCCUGUCACUCUUGUACUUUACACGAAGGUCCUCUCUGGUAGGACAGAAAGUGUUGACUAUUUUUUUUUUAUCGGUUGGAUUGUUCCCUUACACAAUGCAACUUUUAUAAUCAAACAUUGCAAAUCCGUCUGAAAAAUCAGAAGGCUGAUCCAUUGCUGUGGAUAAAAUGCAUGGAUGGUAUGGUCAGAUCAUUGGUUAAGAUCAUGUACGUAAUCAUUACAGGGUGGAUUUUGUGAUUCUUAGCUGGUAUAGCAUAGGAUCUAUUCGGAAUGCAGUGUAUAAUCCAGGGCUCAGCAAAUCCCAGGUCGCCAUGGCUCUGAGUCAGGCGGGCGGCUGUGCGUUCUGUAAGCUGGCGGCGAGGGAGCUGUGAUUACCCUGCUUUGCUCCCUCGUGCGCCACUUUUGUGAUAUGACGUCAAUCCGGCAUCACAAAGCAGCGCAGAGAGAUCACAGCUCCCUCUCAGCCAGCCGAAUGAGCACUGGUCCCACGGAAAACUGAUCAGAAGCUGGGUGGAAUAGAAUUGCAUUAAACAAAUAACUGUGUGUGUAUGACCGACCAGCAAGCCCCCCCUCCCUCCGUUCACGUGGGAAUGGUGUUUAUACUAACCUUUUUUUCCCCAGACCGUGUUGAUCUCCCCGAGACUGGCUUAGGAGAGCACUGAGAAGCUAUUGCACAUGCGCUGAAAAAUCAUCAUCUCCUCGUUGAAUAAACGCAGUUCUAUGGGGAACGUUUAGCGCCUCUGCAGAAAGUGGAGUCACUGAAUGUUGGUGCUGUGUACUGUGCAUCACUCAGAUAGGAAGCACUUGAAUGGCUGUCUGAGUGACUGCUACUAGAGGUAUCACUAGGCAGCAAUGUAAACUAUGCCUUUUCUCUGAAAAGUCAUUCUUUACAUUGAAAAGCCUGCAGGGACGGUCUAUAGGCACCAGAACCACUACAUUAAGCUGUUGUGGUUCUGGUGAUUAGUGUUUCUUUAAAAAUUGUGUUUUUGUUAUAGAAAAUAAAACUUUGUACGAUUUAAAAAAAACAAAAAAAAAAACCUGGCUCCUAACCUGUUUUUAGCUGGCUCUUAGAUUCAAAACAAAUUGGUCAAGCCUUGGUAUAAUCUAAUUUCAAUACUUGUUUUACCAAUAUCUGAUAUUCUUUUUAUUUUAAAAUUUUUUGUAGCAUUGAGGUCCUUCCAUUGCAAUGAUGAAAUAUUCAAAUAGUGUAUUUUAUUCUAUCUCUUACUGGUAUUAAGAGAUUUCUUCUCCUGAAAUCUGUUCCCCAUACCAUCAAAUUUUCAGAAAAGAUGCUGGUAAAAGAGCCAUAGGGAGUCUUGGCUGUUGGCAGCUAAACUCUCAUCUUGAUAAUACUUGUUGUUUUAUAAUGAUGGUAGUAGGAAUCCCCACUGUGUGUGUAUGUGUGUCUCAAACUUACAAGUGUGGAUUUGUAGUUGUGUUCUUGGAGAAAUGCACACAUUGCUGUUUCUCUGAAAUGCCCAUAUUGUAGAUUGCCUGAGAAACGGUACAUCAUCUAUGCAGCAAAACCACUGCAUUAAGAUGUGUACUAUGUCACUUAAUGAAUGACUUUUUUAUAAGUUGGAACUAAACUAUCAGGAUUUUUUUUAUUUUUUAUUUCUUCCACUUAUUGACUAGAAAUUGAGAAUUAACCUAAUUAUUUUUCUUCAAAUUAUUGAUAUUCAAGAUAAAGUCUCGUGUAGGUGUGUAACUUUAUUCUUUGCUUGUAAGAAAAAAAAGGAAACCUUAAAGGACCACUAUAGGCACCCAGACCACUUCAGCUUAAUGAAGUGGUCUGGGUGCCAGGUCCAGAUAGGAUUAACCCUGCCUGCUGUAAGCUGCUAUGUUUACACUGAGGGUUAAUCCAGCCUCUAAAGCCUCUAGUGGCUGUCUCAUUGACAGCCGCUAGAGGCGCUUGCGUGCUUCUCACUGUGAAAAUCAUUAUGAAUGCUUUCCUAUGAGACUGGCUGAAUGUGCGCCCGGCUCCUGCCGCGCAUGCGCAUUCAGCUGAUGACGUCGCUAGGAAGAAGGAGAGGAGGAGGAAAGCUCCCUGCCUGGCGCUGGAGAAAGGUAAGUGUUUAACCCCUUCCUCUCCCCAGAGCCGGCGGGAGGGGGACUCUGAGGUGGGGGCACCCUCAGGGCACUCUAGUGCCAGGAAAACGAGUGUUUUCCUGGCACUACAGUGGUCCUUUAAGAAAACCUGUAUGAUCAUUCAAUGCAUAAUUAUCACACCGUUAUCAACUCAAAGAAACUUAUAUUAAAUAUAUGGUAGGAGUUUGCCAAUUAACACCACUCAAUUCUGGACACAUUCAGAAUAUUUUGGUUUAUCUUAAAUAACUGUAAGUAGAAACAAUCUUUCAUUAGGAAAAGUGUAUUGUCCCUAACCUGUGUGUAAAUAUUUAAUUUUCAGCAUCUCCAUAUAAUCUAUAGGUUGCAAACAAAAGAGAGAAAGCGAUCAUUAUUGUUCAAAUCAACAAUUAUACAUUUAAGUGUCUAACGCAAUCUUUUUUGGAUACAGCUUUGAGGGCUGAUUUGUUACUACAAGGAGCAUUCUUUCAAGUGCUCUUUGUGUGUCCUUUUUUGGACUAGAGUAUGUGGCUUAGGCACAUUGCUUUUAUAUAAAAUACAUGCUGAAACUAAUUUAUGUUCAUUUGUAAAAGGCACUUUGUUGAUAAAGAUGUGGGAUUGGGUGCUUGGAAGUUUCCAGCCAAUCAGAAGUCAUCUUGAAUUAUGAUCAUUGACGAAACGCCAUACAUAGGAAAUAACGGUAAUGACAGCCUCUGGUUUGCUUUAAAUAAUUUAUAUCCUGGAGCAACUAAUGCAGAUAUCAUCACUGAUUACUACUAUAACUUUUCUCAUUUGAGUUUGAACCUCUCUAAACACCUCGGUGUGGGCCUCUUGUGAGUUUUUUCAUCAUAUACUUAAUGACUGUUGAUAUCGAACUCACUGGUACUGCAACUGCUAUUGGCAAUAUUUCCCAUGAUGCUUAGUCAGCUGAUUUAAUACUAGGAACUUGAUCUUGGAGACUGCUAGUAGCUAUACAGAUGGUUAUAUUUAAUCCUAAUAAAAUGGCAAUCCUUAACCCCAGUUGUCCUCAUCCUGUAGGAGGUGGUGAGAUGAUUGUGUUUUGUUCCACUUCAGCAGAACAUAGAACAUCUCCCUACUGAAAACCAUAAUAUAUUACCAAUGGUAUUGCGUGAUUCCUUAUUGCAGCACGAUCCUUACUGUAUAUUUCUUAGUAUGCUCUACAUGUUAAAAACAUUAUACAAUAACAGGUGUUAACGUGUAUCUAUAAUUUUUUUUAAUUUUUUUUUGCUUCUACACGAAUGAGUUUCAGAGCUCCCGGACGCUAAAAGGUAGUUCCAAUUCCUGUGUUAAAUCUUCUGAAUAGGAAGUUUCCAUCCUGUUUAAGGCUAAAUAGUUUAUUCAGCAGCGUUUCCAGUAGAUGCUUUUUAUAAAUAGCUCUAAUUGUUUGCAUUGUUACAAACCUACACAGAGCACUUGAGCGUGGGAUAGGAGGAAAAUAUUCCUCGUUGGCAAAUCUCACACAUUUUCUUACCAGCAUAUGACCUAAAAUGCCAACAAGUGUUUGAAAAUGCUUUUAUAUCCAAGUAAUCCUCUUCAUGACCAUCAUAUACACUACUGAUUACAUCGCUGACAUUGUUCACUGAUGGAAUGAUAGAAGGUCCACGAUGCGUUAACGGUGGUGGGUUUUAAGGUGGUCUUUCUUUGUUCUAUGUCACUGUGCUACAGAUGUCUAAGAUGCCUUACACACAGCAUUGUCUCACAUUUUAUGGUUCGUACAUGGCUAUUGGUCACAUGUCAGUCAUGUCAACAGAAUUGUUUACCUUCAAAUGUCACUGUACCUACAGUAGUGUUUUUCUCAGCUGGUUGACCCAGUUUUUCUCUAUGCAGUUUUUUUUUUUUUUUGUACAUACAUUUAAUGGUCCAUAAUGAUGAAGUUAUAGACACAAGUCCUCUGGAACAAUGUGAACUUAUGUUACCGAUAACAACUUACGGUUGUGCAUGGGAGCUUCUAGCAUUCAUUUUUAGCACAUAGUCACCAGAAUGAUAAACUUGGGGGUUUGGAUGGGUUUAUUGAAAAUUUUUGUUGGUAAAGUAUGAAAUUCUAUAUUCGUGCCUUGGUAUGAUCAGUAAACAUCUAUGUGCUUGGCAUGUCUGUCUUGGAUGGCCAUUGGAGACAUGCAAAUCAUGACAUUUUAAAGAUAUCAUCUGCUUGUGUCAGAUACCUAUUUAUUUUCGAAUGCACCAUUUUAUAUACACAUCUUAUUGGAGGGUUUCAUUUUCUUUCCAUGACGCUGGGGAUGCUGAACGGCAGGGCUGCCUGCUGUACAGCACUGAGCCAGGAAGCACUUCCAGUGGCCAUCUGAGGAGUGGCCACUUGGAGAUGUCCCUAGGGAAAAUGUAAACACUGCCUUUCCUAUGAAAAUGCCUGAAGGGAGCUAUUCUACUCACCAGAACAACUACAUUAAGCUGUAGUUGUUCUGGUGACUAGUGUCCCUUUAAGCAUUACUCUGUGAAUUGUUACAAUGUAGUCCAUCAGGUGCUUAAACGAGCACUCCAAGCAACAUAAACACUAUAGAGUGCCCCUGGUAAUGCAGGGCGGAGCUCGUUGGCUGACAUCGACCAGCUGAUGUUCUCCAGCUUUCCUGGAGGCUGUAAAGAGGGAGGAAGCGGGACAUGGUGGACACUAGGUAAGUACAGCAAAAAAAUUCUAAAUACAGCACUAUAACCACUAGUGCUGUGGAGUCUCCAACUGUUCUGGUGACUAGGGUCCCUUUAAAGAUUAAGCAAGUGACAUCACUAUUCAGUUCCAUCUAGGCACAGCCAGGGCACACAAUGCAAAUGAGGAGGAAAACAAACAUUGUUUCAGCUUCUCCUCUUUCACAAACUAUGUUCAGUUAAUGUAAAGUGCAACAUUUAUGACAUUGAGCCAAGAUGGAGGCACCUGGUUCCAGGAUAGAUAGUGUGGUUUUCUACACUUAAUUUAAAUUUAUUUAUUUAAACCUCAAACACAUUUGCUAAAUAUAGGAAAUAUGGAAACAUAACACAAAAUCCUGGGAAGAUAAGUUCCCUUUUAAAAGUUGUCUAAUUAUUUUCUUCUAAGGUAAACAAACAAAUGCAAACUCCACACAUGUCUCUGUCUGCGCCAAAUGUAACAUUGUUUUGUUACUUUGUAAAAUGUACACUUGACACUAAUUUCACACAUUUAUGAAAAUGCAUUUUUUGCUUUUCACUUUUGGAGGAAAGUUCGAUCUCUCUCCCUCUCUCCCUCCCGUUUUAACAGUUUCAGAAAAACUGCUAUGUUUACAUUGCAGGGUUAAUCUAGCCUCUAGUGACGGUCUUCCUGACAGCCGCUAGAGGCGCUUCUUUGACACUGAAUGCGAAAAUCGCAUACAACGUGCAGACCGUCCAUAGGAAAGCAUUGAGUUUGUUUUCCUGACACUAUAGUGAUCCUUUAAAGGCACCAUGACUUAAUUAAUGUUUUAAGAAAACAUUUAUUUUACUGCUUAAUCUUACUGUUCUGGGAUUGUCCGAAAUGCCUCUUUUCUUGUAAUAGUGUAAUGGAUCAUGUGUGCCGAAGAUGACUGUAAAAAGGGUGGUGAUAUGUUAGUUUCUCAUACUGCAUUACAACAAAAUAGCUCUCUGCAUAAACCUUUUAAAAAGAACAAAAAUGGUCAUGUAUAAUCUGAAAAGAACAUUUAUACAGAUAUGACUUACACCAAUAAAACAAAUACAUAAUGUGUAUAAUCUGUAAAACAAAUUUUAAAGGGUUGCAGUUUGUUUAUUCUGUAUAAAUGGUAUUGAUAGACACAAACUGAUAGUUAAAGUCACCAAAAUAACUUUAGCUUAAUGAACAUGAUCUAUAUGCAAGAACUUCUUCAUUAGGCUAACGUUGUUAUGGUAACUAUAGUGUCCUUUUAAUUCAAUUGACACAUCUGGCAUUUCUGUAAAUACGAGCUAUAUCCUUGCUGCUUUGUUUGACGCUGUAACUCAUUUUACAUCGAUGUUUUUCUUGCUCGGUGUGUACCUUGUAUUAUAUUUGUAAGGGCCUAGGCAGGUCCCACCUAGGUGAUUAAACCUAUAAGGAGUGUCUGCUUAAGGAUCUGAUUUUUUUUUUUAACCCUAUAACCAAUUAAAUGUACUUAUCUUUAAAGCACCCCAUGACCGGAUAUUUAACCUAUUUCUUUCCUCUUUUAAUUGAAUGCAUUACUAACAUGCUGACGUGUGUGUUUUUGUUUUUUUUAACUAACAUGCUGCAUGCAGACAAGGAUGUCCUGUCCCCAUCUACUGAGGUUUGGGAUGUAGACCAGGGUCUGAUAAAUAAACUGAAGGAACAGUACACCAAGGAACGCAAGGGGACAAAAGGUGCCAAGAGUAAGUUGAGAUUUUGCCUGAUCUCAUUCAGCUUAUUCGGUGGUGCUGCCCAUCGCCCUGAGGGCUUUGACCAUUGGAGUCAUGGAGGGGUAUACUUGGCGUUACCUUUUCCUGGCAUACAGUAUGUUGCUGCCCCAUUUAUAAUGAACGAAUUUAGAGCAGAUGCUGUUUUUUAAAGUCUAAAACCUUUCAGUAAAAGGUUAAAAAAAAAAAAAGUUAAAAAAAAUUGAGUGCUCUGUAGAUUGGAUAAUCAGUAUUGACAUUUAAAUUGAUCUAUGCAGUUUAUCACAUUUUAUACACUUUCUUGUUACUUCACUGCUUCAACAUCCAAUGUUUAUUUCUUUCCCCAAUCACUAUCUGUGCAUGCGUCCUGUGUGCAGGCAUGUUGGCCCCUGCACUUGAAUGCACGAAACACCAAUGUUGGAAUCAUACCUUAUAUUAAAGAUGUAUUUGUAUACGCACGUUUGCUAUUGGAUCAUGUUCUGUUAUGAGAUAAACUUUGUGUUUCUCAAUGAGUUUAUCACCCAUCCUUAAUGCAUACUGUAAAGAUUAAUUUAUAUACGUUAAAGGAGGACCGUAAUUUCUCUUGCACUUAUACCAUUGAAUAAAUCAUACAAUUUGUUCUUCUUUUUUUUUUCACGUGAUACUUGGGUAUAAAAUUUUAUAUGAAAGAUUUGGAAAAUGACAUCACACAAGUUCAGUCUUGGCACAGUCUGCAAAUGAGGAGGAGGAAUAGAAACAUUGAUUAUUUUCUCCUUUUCUCUGAAUGCUUUCUCUAUGCAGACUGCCAGGUGCAAAGGACAGAGCUUAUAAUAACGAUUGACAGGGAGCCAAGAUGGAUGCGCCCAGUUGUAGGAUUAAUAGGUGUGGAGUUCUACAUUUAAUUUUAAUUUUACACCGCACGUAAAGUAAACAUAAUAUUAAAAAUCCUUUGACAGCAUUCUAAAAUAAAUGUUAAUAUGAGGAUAACUUGUGUGGUGAUUCCUUUUAAACAGCUGCUUGUUUAUUCGGGACUGUUUCAUCUUUGUUAGAUCUCCCUAUUUAGAUUAAACGCUGUCUGCCUGCUCAUUUAGUUACUAUGCGUUCCAAUCAUAAUGUAUUAGUAAGACACUCCUUAAGAUUUACGGUUUGAGUCAGGUUUCCAUCACCCUCUAUUUAGAGACCUGUUUAUAAAGUUAUCAUCCAGUAAUUUCAUGGCCUUAUUGUGCUAAGACUCCAUAGAAUUUCCGAGGCUACAAAAAUGGUUCCUGGUAUGUAGAUAAUUCCUUGGUUUUCCAGGAAGUCUUUCAUUGAAGAAUGCAGAAUGUCUGCCAUUUACUGAGCGCGUUUUCCAUGCACUGCAUACAAUAGCCGUGUGAUAUGUGCUUCUCUGAGAUGGUGACAGAACAGAUAUUUCUACAAUCAAGGUGGUGGUCCUCCUACAAAUAAUCAGUGAAAUGAGGAAUCACCUGCCUUUUUAGAUUCUGUGUUGGAUAUUAUACUUGUGAUUUUGUUCUUUUUGUACAGCAGAGGAACAUGUUGGCAUUUUAUAAGUAAUAAAUGGAAUCCAAGAUUCGGGUUUGCAACUAGCUGGAAAAAAAGAGAGACUCCUAUAUUCUCUUACAGUAAUUUCUCUGGGGCAUAAUUUAAAGAAAUGAUCACCCAUCCUUAAUGCUUGCUAUACCUUCUCCUAUGCAAAGGCACAUGGUCAGACCUUGAAGAGGAUAACUGUCCAUCAUCUUCCUAGACCAGAGGUAGGCUACCUGUGGCACUUGAGGUGCCUUUGCACACCACUGACAGGCUCUGGCCUAUGAGGAGUCCCAGUGGCACUUGAGUUAUUGGCUCAUGCAAAAAGGUGGUGAAGGACAAUCCUCAAUUUCCACAUUGCAGCAUUUAGAGGCAGUGAUCUCAGACCACUUAUUUCCAGCAGUUGUGAAUUGUAAUUCACAUUGGAGUUUAGCAGCCUGCUGCAGCUAUCGCAGCUCCUGCCUUUGACCUGUACCUGGCCAGCACAAUCCCCACUGGACCCCAGGGAAGCCACCCACACUGCUAGAUAUACACAGAGCUGCAGAGUAAGCCUCCCCCUCAUACAGAUACAGACCUUACAAACACAUCACUGACCAUCCAUAUACACACACACACACACACACAACCCCACAAGCAGCAUCUCACAUGCAAUACCACGAGCAGCUCCACACAUACACACAACACCAAAAAAUACACUAUGUGACAGCCACACAAAAUUCCACAAGCAGUCACACACACACACACACACACUAUGUGACAGCCACACACAAUUCCACAAGCAGCCCACAUAUAGAAAAUAUUACAAAUUACUCCUGAACAUAUACAAUAUAACAGCCCACGUGCGCACAAAUACAACGCUACAAAGCAGUUAAAGCACCUAUAAAUAACACAAGCAGAAUACUUCAAGAUUAACACCACAAUUUAAAAAAAUAAUAAUAAAUCGGACCGGCACACUAAGGGACGUCAAGAUCUUAUUUUUGGUACAGUACUAAAAAAGCCUACUCCUGUCCUAGACCUUUGUGCCCCGUUCAAUUCCUUAAUAAUGUCUGCUAUUCUAAAUAGUGCCUUGUGUUGAUUUAAUCGACCACUAGGUGGCACAAAAGCCCAAGAACUCGGUAAUAUUCCGAAAUGUCUGAUAUACAGGUCUUGUUUCAUUGUUCCAUCGUUUGUGGGCAGUCUCCCACUGUUAGACAGUAGAUCAUAAACGAUUUCCUCUAGAAUUAUUUCUUUAGAUUACAUUUAUUUGAGCAAUACCCUGCAUGCAUGCUGGCCGUAGCAAUGUUUGAGCAGUGAAAGCAUGGCUGUUGCAGUAUUUUCUCAGUACCAGCAUGGCUUUUGCAAUAUUUAUGCUGUCCAAGCAUGGCUGUAUCAGUAGUUGGGCAUACCAUCAACAUAGCUAGACACCGCACCAGAAUGUUGGUCAACAUAAAGAUUUAGUUAUCUGUACUGCAUUCUGAUAGCGGCUGGUUGGUUCGUACUAUUUAUAUCCAGACAUGAUCUCCUGUCACCAUGAAUCCACAUGAAACAUCUCAAAGAUGGUACCUUGGUGGUCUCAAACCUAGCUACUUCAAAACUGGAAGGUUUAGUCAUUCGAUCUACAAACCAACUCUGGUUUUCAUCAUCAUCAACCUUCCUGCAUUGUCUUGGGUAUUUAUUUAGUAGGUAGUUUUUUCAUUUAUACAUGUUUUUGAACUGGGAAAUUAUUGGCCAUCAUUGUUGAACUGAGGCCCCGUUCCCUCUCUAUUCACCCCUGUUUCUGAUACGCUGGGCAGUUUGCCUGUUUGUUUUUCUGUAGUGCUCUAAAGAUAUUUCUUGCCAAAAAAUAAAUAAAAAUGGUUAAACAUAAACAACCCGUGAUGUCAAGCCAUUUAUUUAUUUUUUUACAACAACCAUACUGACCUUGAAUUGCAAAUCACUAACUUGAAGGAGCCAGUCCGAACCUGACUUUUUCAUUGGCAAACUUUCCAAGUUUUAAUGGAUUUGACUUGACCUUUUUCCAAGCACUGCUUGCAAUUGGUAUCAGGAUGUCCAUUAUUGGCAAGUAGGAGAAAUCUCAUCCUUCUCCUAGCCCGGGGCUAGUGCACAAGUAUAGAAUUUUGGCGAGCCAGCAGCUGGACUGAUGAGGUUAAGCACGUCUGUUCCAACAGGCUUGGAAGAAAUACAUUUACAAUUAAAUGUUUUUUUAAGUCCUUAGCCCCAUGAUUUUACAAAGAGAGAUGGUUGUUGACUAAAGUGAGAUUUAUUAGUAAUUUGAAGCCAAUAUCCAUUUUAGGCAAAAAUAGCCAAAUUGUACAAUGAGUCGGUUAUGUUAUACGUUUCGAUGAUGCUGAUUAAAAGUGUGACUUCAUUAUGACUUCCCAGGAGUUUACACUGUGCAAUAUAUGAAACGCAGUGUAGUUCAUAAAUUUAUUUAAAAAAAAAUAAAAAAUUUCGAGGACAUAACGGUCAGUGCAAACAAAUGUUUUUACCAUCAGCGAAAUGACAAUUUAAUGUUUAUUUUUAUAUUUAAAACAAAAAUAAACACCCCUCUCCAUUAUUUUUGUUUUAGGAUGAAAUACAAACUAUGUAGGUAAUCCUACUUUAUUUUUAUUUUAUUUUUUUAAAUAUCCCUCAAAUGUAAACAGAAACAGUACAAACACAGUAAAUUGUGAAAUCGAUAAUGACCACUUGGUCAAACGAUCGGAAGUUUAACGUAGGUAGCAAUAUAUGGCUUGUUUAAAAUACACUCUAAAUAUGUGUAUAUACUCAAAAGUGACCAAUAAGCACCGGGAUGCCAGGAGGUCCCUGGUGCUGCCCUAUGUCUGCUGACCCUCUCUGCCAAGUGACACCCUUGGGAAAGGAUGAAAGAUGGAAUUACGGGUCUCCUACCACCAUAACUACAACAGUGGGCUAUAGGGGUUAUAGUACUUAGUGCCCUUUUCCAUUUGUAAUUGAUGUACUCUGGUUUUUAAAAUACUAUACCCCAUUGCUUGCAGCUAUUAACAGAAACAUUGGCUCAGUUUAUUCAUUUUUUAUUUUUUUUAUAUAUAUAUAUAUAUAUAUAUAUAUAUAAUAUAUUUUUUAUUUUUAUUUUUUAUUAUUUUUUUUAUUCAACAAUGAGAACUAUGCAUGGAUUUAUCAGUUCACAAACUCUUUUUUUUCUAGGGGUAAACAGGACGAAACUGCACGAUAUGAUCGCAGACCUCGGUGAUGAGGAACUAGCACACAUGCCAGCAGGAAUGCUUAACCCGGCACGGUCACCAUCCAGAAUAACAGAUCAUGAAGGUGGAAGAGCAGAAGAAGGUAUUGAUUCAUUGAGAUUAGAUACAUGAGUUUGCCAGUAUUUAUUUUCAUUAAUUAACUUGACUUUUAUAUAAAUCCCCCUAGAACUGCCAUACCCUCCAGAAACCCCCACCCCCAGUCUGCCCCCACUAUCUAACCACUCUCUUUUAUGUUCCUUGCUUGGGGACACUGCCCAAAGUAGGGUAAACAUCUUCCGUGACACUGACAUUUAAAGAAAGUGACGUCAGCCACUCCAUGUCUUUACUCCCAAGUCAGCACAAACUUUGCUUGGAGAACAGGAGAACAGUGUAUGGGAGCGCUUCCUGUCACUCAGUUUUUCAGCACAGUUUGCUAAUGCCAUCCAGUUUGGAUUGGAUUGAUCAUGCUGAAUAUUGAUAAUGUGGAAGUGUAAAUUCCUUUUCACAUUAAUGGUGAGAUUGAACAGGGGGAGGGGGGGACCUUGGUUCCCAGAGAUUCUUGUCAGUGCAAUCAGUACUCAUUAGCCUCGAUGUCAGUCAUUUCUGAUAAGAUAAAAUAGAUUGUAGAGUUUAAAACAUGCUGUUUUUCUGACAAACUUAAAGGAACACUAUAGUGUUGGAUACAAAGCUGUAUUACUAACACUAUAUUGUAGUGUUUCUCUGUCCCCAUGGUCAUUAAGGGUUAAAAAAAAGAAAAAUUCAAACAAAAACCUUUUUAAACCCUUACCCAAUUUCAGCACUGUCUCAGCCUCCUCUGACGUCAACGCUGGCAGAACCUAAUACGUAUGCACGGCGAGUGCCGUGUGUGCAUUAUGCCUUCCCCAUUUAAAAACUUUGAAUCAGUGAUUUCCUAUGGGGGAUUUGAAGACGCUGGACAUCUUCACGCACAGUGUGAGGACAUCCAGGGUUCUGUGAAAUGGCAGGAAGUGCCUUUAGAGGACACUAGAGGAAGUCUUACCACUAAUAUAAGCAUUGUAGUUUCUCUCCAAUUUUUUAGAUUGCAGGGUUAAGGGGACAGGAACACUGCACCCAGAGCACAUUAAUGUGAAGAAGUAACUGAAUGCCUAUAAUGUCCCUUUAACUACGUUCCCAAGUUGUCCAUCCUGUGCUAUGAAAGUAAUAAGCAUUGUUGCUGUUUAAACAUGUACAGCUUCAGUUCACUAUUAAAGUAACACCCCAAGCACAUUAACCACUUUAGUAUGCUGUUGUGAUUAUGGUGCCAGGGCUGCACCGUCACCCCUGCCCCCUCUUUCAAUUAUAAGCAUUGUUAGAAUGGAUUGAUUUUUGUUGUCUGAGGUCUGCUUUGUUGCCCCCCUUACCUCCAUUACAGGAGAAGACAGAAGCUCCUGCUGCCAAUGAGCUAACCCUAGAACCGGCUUUGGCUCAGACACAGAGCUUUAGUCUCUCCUAUCGCUGAGUGGUAGCACCCAUAAUAUAAUCAGGGCUAUGUGUAGGCAGUAAGGGGCAACAUUAAAAAUUCACUGCAGAGUAUUUUCAGAAUGUAUGCAAUAUAUGUAUUUUGUAUCCGCUAUUAGGGAAAAGUGUAUUCUCAGUGCCUCGUGGGUUAAUGGUAAUGGGGGGCAGUGGUUUUCAUGGCUUCUGUAUUCUUUAAGUCACUCUUGUAUUGUGAUGUCUUGCAGCAGAGCCAAUUCCGUUUCCACCUGGAGGAGGGAAGUCUUUCAUCAUGGGCUCAGAGGAUGUUCUAGAGAAUGUUUUGGGACUCGGAGACCUGGCAGAUCUCACUGUAACGAACGAUGCGGACUACAGCUAUGAUGUAAGGCGGGUGUCGGGUUGGGGGUAAUUAAGAAAGGUUUAUAUUAACCUUUCUGAUGAUAAAUGGUUAUCGGUGAUGAAUAAUUCUGUUUAGGGCUUGUAGAGUUUUUGUUUCUUUGGCACUGGUAUGUUCGCAAUUUACUGGAAACGUCCUGUUUGUCAUAUUUUGGAAAUGGCCAAGGAGUGGGCAUUCAGCUGCCAUGAGUAAUGGUAUUUAGAACUAAAAUGGAACAGACGCCAUGUGUACAGUGUUUGGCCUGGAAUAAAUAUUAGCCAUUUGAAUCAACAAUGUUUAUUUUCAUGAUAUUUUAAUGUUGACAGAACUUGCAACCUUCAUCCCAUCUUUCCUCCAGCAUUUACUCACUAGUUUGGUUAUUUGGAUCUCAUGGUAGUUUUCAUUAGAACAUUUCUUAAGAAAACUUUCAUAUUUCUUCAUAUAAAAUAGUAAAUGAAAGUUCUAACAAUAUCAGACUCCCCCCCCACCCCACCCCACCACACCACAGUGUCAGAAUAACUCACACAUAGAACCAUAGAUACUACCCCUUUUACAGCCUAUUAUUAUUAUUAUUUUAUUAUGAAAGUAUGAGUACAACACAUUGGUCAACUGUUUGUAUUUAUUUUAUCUUACAAUGGUCUUAAUUUAAUAAUUUUUCCAAAUGAUUUAUCUACAAAAAGUCCCAUAAACAUUAAUGGUGGCAUUUGUAGAUAAAUCACUUUGAGCAUUUUUUGUUACAUAUUGUAAUAAUUUGGAAAGCUUCUUAAAUCAAAGCCAAUGGCAGUAAGUGAUGGUUACCUUUUCUGUACUCCAUUUCCCAUGAUGCUUAGUCAGUAUAAAGCUACACACACACACUUCCACAAGCAGCCCCCCCUCACACACACAAAACCACACACAAACACACACCCCAACAAACACACUGUGACAGCCAAACACAAUUCCAUAAGCAGCCCAACAAACACACUGUGACAGCCACACACAAUUCCACAAGAAGCCCCACAUACACAUACAUACACACACACCCCCCAACAAACACCCCACACAUACAUACACACACUGACAAACACACUAUGUGACAGCCACACACAAUUUCACAAGCAGCCCCACACAUACAUACACAAACACACACCGACAAACACACUAUGUGACAACCACACACAAUUCCACAAGCAGCCCCACACAUAUAAACUUUAAUGGUGGCAUUUGUAGAUAAAUCACUUUGAGCAUUUUUUUGUUACAGAUUGUGAUCAUUUGGAAAGCUUCUUAAAUCAAGGCCAUUUGCAGCAGUGGUGCCAUUAGUUCCUUAGUCCAGUGAUGGUUACCCUUUCUGUACUCCAUUUCCCAUGAUGCUCAGCCAGUAUAAAGCCUUCAUGAGCAUGAUGGGAAAUUAAGUCUACAAACAAGGGUUAUUCUUUUACAAAAAUAAAUCUCAGACCGUUUUCUUUCUCCGUAGCUGCCGUCCAAUAAGGACGCCUUCAGGAAAACCUGGAACCCGAAGUACACCCUGCGCAGUCACUUUGACGGAGUGCGAGCACUGGCCUUUCAUCCCGUGGAACCUGUUCUUGUGACUGCGUCUGAGGACCACACACUGAAAUUAUGGAACUUACAGAAAACUGUACCUGCCAAAAAGUGAGUGAUCACUGUAACGCAAGAUCACUGUGUGCAAGAAUCCCAUUUGCCUUAUUUAAGAAACAUCUGUUUGAUACUCUAUAGAAUAAAAUAUUGAGUGCCAGAAAUAAUACUGGUUGUCUUUAUUUUCCCCCCUCCCCCCUUUCUUAGGAGUGCCUCCCUCGAUGUGGAACCCAUCUAUACCUUCAGAGCACAUAUGUAAGUUAUUAACGUCAUUACAUAAUUUGUCAUUUUGGAAUGGUCUUUUAAGAUCCGUAUGAUGUCACAAAGAAGGAACGCAUUCAAUCAAGUUAUAGCAGGCCUUCACAACCUGCGGGCCCCCAGAUAUUUUAAACAAUAACUCCCAUGACUCUCUGGCUAUCAGCCAUGAUUCCCCGGCUAUCUGUUUCAUUCAGAGAAACAUGCACGUUAUAGUUCAAAACAUCUGGGGGGCUGCAGGGUGUGCAUCACUUUAUGAUGUGCAAUAUUUUAGACUUCACGUUAAAUAUACACAGUCAUUCUACGUAAAAGAUUAAUAUCACACAAACAAUUCCUCCUUUCCCUUCUCUGAGAAGCAGCAUUUGUGUACUUCGUCCAUUGCAAUAAGGGCAUCAGAUAUUUCAUAUUUACUGUCCAUAUCCACAGCACCAUGUAUUGCGUUUCUUUUUCCAAUGAUUGGAAAUGAUCUAGGAAACAUUCAGUAAAGUGUUUCACUCCAUCACUUGUUAUUAGCAGUUCCCACAUAGGUGACAUUUAACCCAGGCCACCAUUUUGUUAUCGUCUCAUCCCUGGCUUAGAGGCUCAAAUAUCCAUUUCAGAGUGGCAGGAAAAGUGAAACAGAAAAAAUGGCAGAUUGACAAAUUCAUGGUGUACGUGCAAAAAUGACUGGAUGCAAACGAAGCAGCAGAUAAAAGACAAAUUUAAUAAAUGGAGCAUAAAUCUCCACUUUUGUACCUGUGAUAGGAAGAUCAGACUAAAUAUGUUAAUUUUCUCUCUGCCUAUGGAGUACUAUAUGUAGAACUGGUCACUGCAUCGGCCUUGGCCUUUCAUAGAAAAUACAAUAGGCUGUAUACAUAGAGAGAGCAGUUCUGGGGGCAAAGUGUUUCAUUUGGCUGUCAUGGUAACUACAGAUCAUUGUAACAUCAUGCGCUAGGAAUGAACUCAGACUGUCACGGUUACUCAGAAAUAACCAUAGCGGCAGAUUGGGUCUAAUUGUGACUGAUUCUCUUCAGUUGAUUUUUUUUUUUUUUUUAUAUGAUGUGUUGUUAAAUCGUAAUUGUAUGAUUUUUACCAAGAUAAUUAAGCUGUAUUUUCUUUUGGGGCAUCCUGUUGAAUGUGUUAUUUAUAGUCCUAGAGUUAUACAUGUCAGAGCGAUUCUGACUAUAUCCAGCAUAUUUUAAUGUCCUAAUAUAAGUAGGCUAAUCUGAUGACUCUUGCUGUAUUUUCCAGUGGCCCAGUCCUGUCCCUGGUUGUCAGUUCUAAUGGUGAGCACUGCUACAGUGGAGGACUAGACUCAACAAUACAGUGGUGGAAAAUGCCAAGCCCCAACGUGGAUCCAUAUGAUACGUAUGGUAAGAAGCGCGAUUGGGCCUGCAUGGUAUAAAUAUCUCAGUCUACUUUGUCCUAACAGACCUUUUUUUCCUAGCUUCCAGUCCUUUAAGAAUCCUGCUAAUCUCUCCUUCUGUAACUUGCGUUCCAAACACUGUCACUCUCACCUUACAGAUUUCAUUAUUCUAUAAGUUAACUGGCUAGAGAUGUCAUGCAUGGAUAUUUUUCCUUCCCGCUGACCCUUUUUUUUUUUUUAUCUUGUGUAACCAAAAUAAUCAAUUAUCUCUUGAUUCGAUGCCUAUUGUAGCAGAGCUCAGUACUCAGGCUGAGUAUCUCCGUUAUAGUUUUCAGGGGUUAUAGCUCCCCAUAGACAUAAGCUGACACGUAAUGCUGGGGACAAGAACUGGCUUUAUUGUCACAAACAGCAGUUUAUACAGGCACAACAACAGCGGGUUACUCUCUGGAGUGUCUGAGUCUGGGAGAUAAACAAAUUACGGACUGUUAAUUUAAUAAAACUGUGUAGAAACACAACUUAAACAUAACACAGAAAUAUAAAUCCUACACCCAUAGGUUUUGUUUCCCAAAGCAAAGAUUUCAAAAAGUGUCCGGACUGUAUUUGCCUAGCCCAAGAAAUCGGCAACUGAAGUUUUGAUCGGGCUAAGAUCACAUCCUGAUAGGGGCUGUUAGCAGUCACCAAAAUAGUCAGUUUUCUUUCUGAAAAAAAUGGGGGACUCCCACUAACUCUCAUGUAGCGAUUGUUGGCUAGACCCUCCUCUACCUCCCCUCCAAAAAAGCACUCUCCUAGAUUUUAAUUUGAAGGAGCUGGAACGUCCAUUAGUUUACCAGACAGCCACACUGGACCAGGCCGACAGAGUUCUAUGAAAUUUGCACCUUGUCCCGCUGGAGGUAUUGUGGCUGUCCAGGGCUUCUUGAAGCAUUUUAUGGGAAAGUAAGCGUGCAGUGGAAAAUUGGCUAGAGGAGGGUAGGAGGGGGCCAGGGGUGUUUAUCUCUUCUGUAGUAUUUAGGAGUCCUGCAUUGGUUCACCCACAUUUCUGGUGCAGGAUCCGUCAUUAUUCUAUUGGCUGUUUAAUAUCCAAAAUUUCAAAUGCUGAGAAAAAUCAUUGUUGCCCAUUGAACAGAACUUGUAAUUCCCUCAAAGCUGCCCCUACAGUGUUAAUAUGAACUCAGAAUCAUUGGGAAUUAAAAUCUGAAAGGUAAAAUAGCUGAUCUAGAAAAAUUCUAUAACUCUGCUAUAUAGUCACGGUUUGAUUUAUUAGCCCAACAUUUGCUGUUUAGUUUUCAGUUUAUUUUCAUUCAGUUUUCAGUAUUUUCUAAUUUGCUAUCUGUCCUGUAGGUGUCGCUAUUACAUCGUAUCUCACAUUCUAAGCAUGCUUGCUAAACUGUAUUGUAUGUUAAAAUAUAGCAUUGACUUUCAUUCCAAAUUCAAAAGUUAGUUAUUAAAUUAAAAUGAUAAAAAACUGAAUUUACUGGCUUACCAAGGCUUGGGAAUUUCUAUAUGAUCUUUUAAGUGAUUCUAUUUUCAUAACCCUGUAUAUAUGUGGUCUGUGAAACGAUUUGCAUGCAGAAUAGUAUCAUAUAUGAAGUCUAUACACAUUCAACUUGCUGAGGAUCCUGUGAGUUUCGAUCCAAGCAGUUAAGGAUUAUUCUCACUAAGAUUCUGGUAUUAUUUCUCUGACACAAUGCAUCUCUCUACAGAGCCCAGUGUGCUGGCUGGCACAUUAUUUGGACACACGGACGCUGUGUGGGGUCUGUCUCACAGUGGGAUUAAAGAUAGUCUGCUCUCCUGCUCAGCCGAUGGCACAGUCCGGUUAUGGAGCCCGCCAGAGAGUGUCCCUUGUAUCGGCACAUACAAUGGAAACAGAGGUGAGUAAUAGCAAGUCAGGGUGUGAUCAAGGGAAUGCUGCCAGUCUUAACAUGUCUAAUGUGAUUUGCCUUUAGCUAGAGUUACAGUAUAUUUUAUGAAUCAGAAUACAAUGUCUCUGACUCAGCUUCCUGUUGUCAGCAUUAAUUAGUAUUUAUCAGAAGUUCUAUUAAUGGCCACUCAUGACUGGGUGUGCCACAGUUUCAAUAAACAAAAAAUGAAAUAUGAACUAUUCACCUGCAAAGUUCCUGAUUUUGGUGCAAAUGCCAAGGCCUUACAUCAAGCAUGUCAGACUUAAAGGCUAACAUGGGCCAAAUAAACAAAGUUUAUGUGGGCCGCAAAAAAAACCAAACGCCCGUUUUCAUAAAAACCUAGGUUUAUUUUGAAAAGUACAGUAUUUAAAAAAGUCCCCUCACUGACACAGGACAUCCUCACACUCGUAGGGAUUCAAAGUAAACCAAAGAGAGAAUUUUUUUAAAUGAGACGUGCGUUUGCAUAUAACCAAUGUUCCAGUCCAACUACCUUGACGCAUUAAGAAAAGUUUGGUAAUGGGACUGAAAUGGUGAAUGUAUGCUGUUGCACAGCUGUAAGAAACAAACAACGUUAUCUUGUGGAUUUUGAAGUCCUAUGAGUGUGUUCUUCACUUUGGCUGAGAUCAUCAGACUUGAUGAUUUUACCCAAUUUCAACCAAUCCAAUGCUUUCCCAUAGGAAAGCAUUGGGAGGCUAUUGUGCAUGUGUAGCAAAAAGCUGCACGGUCAAUCAGCAUCUCCAUGGGGAGCGUUCAGCGCCUACAUGCAGACCCAAUCUAACACACUGCCCCUCUUCCAAUUCUAAUACACUGCCCACAAAUCCAAUACAUUGCAUCCCCCCCCCACUCCCCGUUAUACACUGCCCUCUUCUCCCAAUGUAAUACAGUCCCCACAAAUCAAUACAUUGCCCCCUCCACUGUUAUACACUGCACCCUCCCCCUAUUCUAAUACAGUGCCCCCAAAUCCAAUACACUGCCCCCUCCACCCACUCCAAUUUACACACUGCCCCCCAAUCUAAUACACAGCCUCCCGCAGUUACACUGCCCCCCUCCCCUCCAUUCUAAUACACUGCCCCUGCUCCCACCACACUAAUACACUGCCCCCACUCCCACCACUCUAAUUUCAUACACUGCCCUGCCUUUAAUUUAACACAUUUCUCAAAUCCCUCCUCCAAAUUAAUAUAUUGCCUUCCCCCAAUGUAAUACACUGCACUCCCGUCCCCCAAUGUAAUACACUCCAGCCCUAUCCCCUAUAAAAUAAAGUACAUAGGAAGGUCCCCCAAGCCCUUCUUCCCCUACUUUAAGAUGAGCUGUCCGUCCUCCAGUUCCAGCCCUGCUCUUCUCUGCUCAAGCAGGCCAGACACUCUUCUGGCACUGCGAUCUGGAGGAAAGUGGGAGUGGCUGGCAUACUCCGCAGACACACUCUGUGCACUUGCGGCCACCGACGCACGCGAUAGGCAUUGGCAAGGUGUGACAAACUCCCCUUCCUACAUGAGUUUGCCACGAGCUCCUAGAGGAGCCUCCUUGCCAGCCUCCUGCCCACAGACUAUGGGCCCUGUAAUAUACACUGAAAAGUCUCAGUUCGUGUAUUUAGACUAUAUGGUUCCGGAACUGAACAGCCGCACGAACCGGAGACCACCGGUUGCUACUUUGUAGCAAUUUCCACCGCAAUGUUCUAAGUGUUCGUCUGGGUGGCCGCAUUUCCUAUGACCACGAGGUGGCUGCCAUCUUGUUCGCACGAACGCAGGUAGUGGUGUUUGGUCGUCAAGUUCAUGGAACUGAGAACGGACACAGAAACUCCCGAACACCGUGGGACAUCCAGCAUCACCUGCGUUCGGUUCUAUGAGACACUGUUCGGUGGAAAUGUUCCCACGAAUAAGGGGAACAAGCUCCAGUGUAAGAAUAUUGACUGUGUUCGGUAGUUUGUUCGAUUUGAAACUACCAAACUAGACCGACCGCUAGCUCUGAUUCUAUGGAACUGUUUUGAGCAGGAGCCUUGUGUGCGGUCUGUCAAAUUAAAGACUUCCAGGGAAUUCCAGAUCCCCUAAACCGAUCAGGGUGAUUUUUGGAUAUGUUGGUCACCCAAAUCGGGAUUAUCAGGGGAUGUAACUUUUAGGGGGAUUUUACGUAUUUUUAAGGUACACUUGGGGUGUUUGUGAAAUGUUUUUUUUGUGCCUGGAGAUAAUUGAGUUUUGUACAGUUCCUGACUCAAUUAUCUCCCAGGCACAGGGGAGGGAUUAUCUUUUUUUGUAUGGGAGUGUCCUGGACCUGAGAGCCAAUGUAAUUGUGUGUCUGUUUUUACUGUAGUCUACUCUCAGGUCCAGUGGGGACCUGCAUAUAAGGCCAGUUGUGGCUGCCAUUAAACGUAUGCCAGUUUGUACUCCCAGAACGAUGUGUCGUCUGGUUACUGGGAGGGGAAAGGGCUACUCUUUAAUCACUGUUCCAGUGUGGCGGAUUCAACGAGGAAAGUCCUUGUAAGGUUUACCAAACAAGUGUGCUAAAACUGGUGGUGACAAAUCCCCAAAUAAAGACAAAUAUAGUGAAGACUAUCUGGAUAGUAAAAUUUAAAUAUGGAGGAUGUGGGAGGGGGGGCAAAAACUCACAUUUACCAGAGCUCUAGCACCCCUGGCUCUGGGGUUGCAAGGCUCCACUUGGUAGUGUCGUCCAGUGCUUGGGGGUGUCAAGAGCGAAUUCCCCAUUCAGUUCCAGGACCCCAGUCAAGCCACGGCGACUGUAGGUAAGAGUGCUGAGGUUAGUCCCCUGUUCCAGCUAGGAAGCGGUCCUUGGCGGAGGUACCCAGCCAGGGUUACAGGGAGCUCCGUUAUACAGGGCACCUGUCUUGCGGCUGGUCGCAGCCCCUGGGCAGGCGGGCUGCAAAAAUAUAUUCAAUGUGGGCCGCAAGUUUGACAUGCCUGCCUUACAUCAUUCGCCUUGACCUCUGUCCACUCCAGGAAGUAGCUUUGCCACUCUGGUCUUCAGAUCAGGUCAUGUUGGAGACAGGAAAAGCUUUAACACAGCACUUCAGGAGUUAAAAUGUAGAUAGAUACUCAUUUAAUUAGUUAAUUAUUUUGAGAGAGUAAGAUGAAUGUGACAGCCAUUACCCUGCACUAAUGUAGAGAAACAGAAUUUCUGAAGACAGAUUGGUAACAUAGCUUGUCUGGGUUUUUCAAAAUAUGAAUCUGUGGAUCAUAAAUAGUGUCUGCGCAGUGUGUAGGCAACCACAGAUUUCAAAGCUCUCUGGACUUCUCAGCUGAAAAGCAGCAAUUAACUCAGUCAAAUAGUCAUGCUUAUUGUCUGGCAGUCUCUACUGUGCACCUUAUACUCAUCUGUAAGAAAGGCAUGAAAGCUUGUAUUAUUUUCAGGAGCUGGUAGAUUAUGGCACCCUUUAACACUUUGUGAUCAAGCUGGGGAGACAGAAAUAUCUAAAUAGUAUAUAUGUAAACUGUGAUAUUAGGUAUGUGUUAGUCCUGGUUUUAUCUAGUGUUCUCUGUAUGGAGCCUUGCUCCUGCAUUCAAACUACUUCUUGUAAACACAUGGUUUUAAACACUCUCCUUUCAGAACAUGGUAUCCCCACCUCUGUGGAUUUCAUUGGCUGUGAGCCUGCCCAUGCUGUGGCCUCUUUCACCAGUGGUUGCAUAGUCCUUUAUGACCUGGAGACUGCUCAGUCCUUGCUGCAACUGUCUGCUCCCUCGGACUCUGGUAAGCCUCCCAUGUAGUACAUCUGGCUGACCCUUGCUGUGAGGCCAUGCAGCUUGUUCCCACUGUGAAAUAUUUAGCAUGUCUCUCUCUUUACAGGCCCCCCAUUUUCCAGCCACAUUAAUAAAGUUGUGAGUCAUCCUACUCUCCCGGUUACCAUAGCUGCCUACGAAGACAGGCACAUAAAGUUUUUCGAUAACAAGUCAGGUAUGUUUCAUUUAAGGAAGCAGGUUUUUAUUUAAAGGGAUAUACACUGGUUCCAGCAAUGUGUGACCAUUUCCAUUAUCUGCUUGUAUUGAUUCAUUCCAUGCUGUAUCGGCUACACAGAAAGGUGCCUCAAUAAGUCUCCCUUGCUGUUGACCUAGAACUCCCAUAAUACUUUGCUUCUGUGAGUUGUAGACCAACAAGUACUGAAGGGCCUUUGGUUAGUUAUACAAAUAUACAAAUCUGUGUGUGGCAUGGUUUAUGGGGAAUGAAAUGUACAAUCCGUUUGUCAUACUAUGAAUUUAUUGUAUCUGGCUUUUCUAUUCAGUCCCUUGUACAUAUGCUCAGACUAAACAUUAUGCAAGUCACAGGAAAGCAUUUGACACACUAUUCAUUUUAUCAGCCAGUGUGAUUUAGCUUGUAUACCUGUAAUUACAGCUCACUGGUUUUAUUAUGUGACAUUUACUAAUACUCCCUCCUUGACUUUCAGGAAAGAUAAUUCAUUCAAUGGUUGCUCACCUGGAUGCAGUGACCUGCUUAGCAGUGGAUCCCAAUGGAAUCUACCUGAUGUCUGGCAGUAAGUAAUUCUCCGUUUUCUUCUAUGGAGACUGACACAAUAAGGUCUUAGCAUGAGAUUUGUGCUGUGAUACAGAGUUGUGUACCUAGUCUGAGAAAGCCAUGUGAUCAUGUAAGUGUAGGAUAAAAAACAAAACUGGUAUGAAUGGGAAACAUCUAUGACUCGUGCAUUCUCUGGGCCUGGUCUACAGAUGCGUUCUGUAGCAUGUAGUUUUAGAUUUGAAUUUUGUAGAGAAUUUAAAGCAUAUAUUGUGUAUUAGAACAAAUCUGACCCCUUCGUGUUUUCUCUCAGGCCACGAUUGUUCCAUCAGACUGUGGAACUUGGAUAGCAAGACGUGUGUGCAGGAGAUUACUGCACACCGCAAGAAGUUGGACGAGUCCAUUUACGAUGUUGCCUUUCACCCAUCCAAAGCAUUCAUUGCCAGUGCUGGAGCCGAUGCCCUAGCCAAGGUCUUCGUGUGACUUACCCCCCUGAGAGCUGCCAGUGCAUUUGGGACACACAUUGAGAAGGCACUAGUGGUAUUUAAAUAAAAUGUUAAAACAUCACUGCCACCCACUCACUGACACUACAAGGCAGAGCUCCCUCUGCAGGACAGGGAGAUACUGGUUACUGAGCAGCAGACUCUUCCCCAUAUCCUCUAAUAUCAGGGCAGCUCAAUUCUGGGCUGUAAUCACUGUAAUUAACCCCUUUUUGUUUUUUAAUCUUAUUUUACAAGUAACCAGUAUUUAUAACUCCUGCUCAGGAUGUGUGUGUGUGUGGAUAUGUGUAUGCACACAUUUAGUCCUUAUUUUUUUUUGCAUUGUACUUUUUGAUUUCAGACCCUAAACCAUCAUUUUUCAGAAAAGCAACUAACACAGGGAUGUGGACUCUGUCAUGUCCCAUCCUCUGGCAUGCACACACCUCCUGCAAAUCAUGUUCUAAUAAUGCAGCUGUGACUUUAACUAGGUUUUAUCUAUUGACAAGUUUCACCAGAACUUUGAAGGACUUGUAUCAGCUAGCAUUGUCCUAUGUUCUCCCAGAAUAGGUUGUUGUAUAUUGUGCUCUGCCGAUCUCCACAAGCUGUUAUCUUUUGCAAGGAUGAACAUUUGGCAGUGUUAACUCUCUCAGUGCCUGGCUGCCAAUGAAGACAUUGUGGAGAUUUUUUUUAAGUUUUUUUUUUUUUUUCCUCUUGCAAGGAAGGUUUGUGUGUACUUAUAUAUAUAUUUUUUUAGCAUUAGUCUUGCAUAUACACAAGGUUUGGGUCGAACUGUAAGAUUUAAAGCUUUUGUUACUUUUUUUUUUUUAAUUAUUAUUCAGCGGUCGCAGAAUUGCAGUGUUUUUAUCAGCCAUAUUAAAAUCUGAAAGUGAAAUGAAUUUUACAGCUUUUUAUACUGCCUCCUACUUUUCACAAGGAAAAUUUGUUUUUGUGAACUCCCCUGUCCCCCCUCCCCCCAAUCUACAAAGCAACAUAUAGCCUGGAGUUAGAGUGGACUUACCACAAAUUUGCCUUGCACAGCAGACCUUUUAUUCAAACAAUGGGCCGGCACAUGGCUCCUUUGAAUAAAUAGCAACUACUGUGUCUUGGGUAAAUGGGGGGGGGGGAGAAGCUGCCCGUGAUUGGGCAUUUGAUUCCAACUUCCACUGACCACUUUGGUUGUGCUACGACCAGGCAGAAGUUCGGGGUCCUGGCACUCUGCCGUUUGCUCCUUCCCACCUCCUUCACAAUCGCAGCAUUCUAUCACUGUGUGAUAUUUUGUAUCUUUACUUUAACAACGAGUUAAUUUAUCCGAACGUUUCCCUGAUUAGUUACAACAGCUCAUUGUUAUUUAUUUCAGCUUUUUUUUUUUUUUAUGUGACAAAGGACUUUUGACGGUUUGUGGCCCGUGUGACAAAUUCCAGCAAUGCAGAGAGUACGUUGGUACAUUCGCUUUCUUUACUAUAGAGUUUCAUUUUCAAGGAUGAACAAUCGAUAACCAAACCCUCAUAUUUCUUUUCAUAUAACGCUCACCCAGUCAAGGCAGGCUAUCCCUGAUAUUAAGUGAAGUUAAGUUGUAGAAUAAGGCUGAAUGUCACAUGGAUUGCCAUUUUAGCCUUUUUCUUGCAGUUUGAGAUCUGCAGGUGAUUCAUUUGACAUUUGUCUAGACUUUUUGUCUAGUCCCCACCUGCACCCAUUUUCACCAUUACUAAAACACUAUUAGGUUUCUGGUGUAGCUAAAUAAUUUUAUUUUGUGUUAUGCAUGGCUAAGACCGUUUCACAUAAUUUUUCUAGUCUUCCACAAAAGAAAAAUAAAUUUCUGAUCAGUUUGAGAGUUUUGUAAGGUUUUUCGUUUUACAGACUGCAAAUCGGCAACUUUUUAAGAUUGUACCACAAAUGCAGAAGUACAGUUGUUGAAAAAUAAUGUAUAUAAAAUGCAUAUAAUAAAUAUUAAAUGGUGUACCUGUAUACCUGGUUGAAUCGAUUUAUUAUGAACUUAACAUAUUCAACACAGACAAAAAUACAAAGAAAGUGAUCUGAAUAAGUUUCUAGCUCCUAGGCCAAGUUUAGGGUUUUGACUUCACUACAUUAAAAUACAUUUAGUUUUUUUUAGAAGGAAAGAAAACACAGCUUUUUAUAGUGUACAUGGAGAACAGCAGCGCAGGACUCCGUAUUUUAUAAAUGCAUGUGCUUUCACAUUUCAACUCAGAAAGUUUAGGAUUCAAUACGAGAAGUAUUUUCAUGUAUACAAUUGAUUUUAUUACAAGAAUAGCCUAGACAUUGUAACCACUAAUUGGCUGUGGGUUUAUAGUUAAACCAUUUUCUAGUAAUUUAGUCCGACACUCACCAGAACUGCGCAAAUGGUUUCAUUAAGAACAAUGACAGCAUCUGCAGCCUAGUGGCACCAUAACCAAUACACCAGUAAUAAAAAAUAAAAAAAAAGACUAAUCUGAAUAAAUGGUGUAACAACCUGAGGCUGAUGUAGUGUUUAUGGUGCCAUUCUGUUUUUGGUAAAACAAUUUGAGCACUCAGGGGGUCACCAAAGCUCAACAGCAGCCGUUCUGGUGAGAGGGGUUGUAGACAAAGAAAAUCUAAAUAUCUUGCUUUGUGCAUCUUGGGACAGUUUAGAUUUUGUUAGUGCAUAACACGUGUUGCUUAAUUCUGGGACUACACAAAAUCAACUUCAAGCCAGGGAAUAAUGUACAUUGCUCAGAGCCACUGUCUCCUUAACCCAUUUAUCAAAUCUAUGCAUCAGUUAUGAUACAAGUAUAUACACACACAUUGUUUGCAUGUUUUGGCGGCUAGAAAGAUAGACAUUGAAUGUGAGUGAGAAAAUGAAUAGAAUCAUAGUAUCCCUGACAAACAUCCACCUGCACAGACCAUACGUAUAUAUGUUCAUUCAUUCAGUCUUUGAUUUGUAGGUGAAAAUGUAAUGUAUCUUUUACAUGAACUGUUAUGCUGUUCCAUGUGAAUGAUUUCUUAGUGUUCUGAACUGAAAACGUUAGAAUGUGGGUGAAUUGGGUACAACACUGCCACCCUGUGGUUUUGUUUUAAACUUCUAUUUAUUUUUGGGUUGGUUUCAUCAACAUGUACUGCAAAACCAAAAGAACAUCAUUUUCACAAUUUACAGUUAUUUGCAAAGUUUUGGCUGUCGGGAAUUCAAAGUAAAUUUUAGAUUGUAGACCAAAAUAGGUCGGUUGGAAACGUUAUCUUCAGAUAUUUUGACCUACAACCUGAAUUCCACCUUAAAUUCCUGACAAGUCGCCUUUUAGAUAAUACAUUUGUAGUCUAUCAAUAUCAUACUGGGCAAGCGGGAAGCUACACAAUGAUAGGAUCUCAUUAAUGACACAAACGAAUAACUGAAGUGUUUUAUAAAAAAAUAUAUAUAUAGUGCCCUUUUCCUGUUAUGAAGGUCAAAGCUUUUAAUGGAUUUAUUCCUGUUUGCUAAUAGAUUAAAAGCCAUAACAGCAUACCCUUUGAAACUGUAUAGAAAACUGUCUGAGUAAUCCAGAAUUUGAGCUGAUACAUUUUAGCAGAUAUGCUGUGAAAAGUAGCUAAAAUGAUAUUGAACUCUCUCAGUGUGGCAAUAACAAAAGGCUAUACCUCUAAGCUGUCAUUUGUUGUUCAUCCCUGACACGUUGUUAAAUGCACCUCUAUCUGAUGUGCCUGGGUACUGCAUUCACCCUGAUUCCCCUGAUACAGAAAAGACAGCUUGUCUAUAUCUUAAAACUGCCACUCGCAGUCCUCUCAUAGGGGCUCUGCCCGACUUCCUUACUUCUGUGCAUCCAGGUAAUCUCUGCAGAUCCCACGAGUAAUGCUGGGUGCAAUUUGCUCCAGGCCUGGGAAUUCUCUUGUGAAGAAUGUGUGCGAGUUCUUGGGUUCAGAGGCCAUGUCCUUGAUGUCUUCUAGAGGUGCCCAUGCUACACCAACAGAAAACACUGUUACCCCUGCAAAUAGAAAAAUCAGGUUAAACUCUCUCGUAAGGUACAAACUAGAGAAAAUAAACUUUGGCUUUCUAGAGAAAUCACCCACCUGCUGACAGUCUUAAAGGCCUUUCCAGAGCAGCUCCACAUAAUUGCAAAAGCCAAGAUACAGAGAGUACUCUGCGGUAUAGACGUUUGCACAGAUGUUUUAGCUGAUACGAAUUAAUCAGAUGCCCUUUUAAGCUGUGCCCAGUGAAUUGAUCCUUCUUGGAUUUACCAAUCUCUAUCAAUAAAUAAGACUCCACAGGUAAAUUCCAGUAGGAUCAAUUUAUACAGUUGCAGAUUAAAAGGCAUUUGAUUUGUUCGUACCACCUGAAACACAUCUGUGCAGGGCUACUCAUCGCUCGGGUGGUGGUGGUGAUUUUUAUGUUCUUGCAAAGCAUCAGGGUUUGUUCUGCCCAGAUUCAGGUAUACAUGACAACCAGUUGGCCAAAAUGAAAAAUGUAAUUGCCUGGUUUAAUGUAAACUGAAUUAAUAGCUGCCUUGGGCAUGUAACUUGUAUAGGUUGAACAAUAAUGGAAUAGGGGGAAAUCAGUGCCCUACCUGCUCUAUGGGCAGCUGCUGCUGGACCUCUGACAUCAUCAUAGGAUUGACCAUCUGUGAUUAUAACAAGGAAGUUCUUGUUGUGCCCAUCCUUAAUUGGUUCAAAGAAGUUACGGACAGCAAAAUUAAUAGCAUCUCCCGUGGCUGUACCACCGCUCAUGUAGCGGAUAUUUCGCAGUGCUUGCAUUACUUCUUCCUUUGUGGCAAAGUCAUUCAAACCAAAUUCAAUGCGUUGGUCAUAAGUAAACUGGAGAGCUCCCACCUUAGCGCCCACAUCGGAGACCUCAAAAGCACGGAUUAUACUCAUUAUAAACUCCAACAUGAUGCGAAAGUUCAGGUCCCCAACGCUGCUGGAACCGUCAAUCAGGAAUGCGAUGUUAACGGAGUUGUAACAGGUCUUGCUACACAGAAGAUUUUCAUGUGAACAAAGCUUCUGUACAAGAGGUUUUGUAUACUUUGUGGUGCCAAACCAACUUUGCAUGGUGUAGGAGAAGAAGCUGUUGUUUCGGCAGACAGCCUAGGAGAAACCCAGAGGCAGUAAAAAUAAUUUAGCACACAUGAGGAACCAUAGCAAUAAAUGUUUGACUAUGAAAUGGUUCAUAUAUUUUACAGUAAGAAAUUCAUAUUUAGAAGCAGUAUUUGUCAAUUUAAUUUAAAGCAUUCUCCUUUGGAAAUACUCAUAAUGUAACCUAGACGGGGCUGCUCUAGACAUUGUGAGGCUUUAGGCGAAACUCAAACAUGAGGCCCCCACUAACAACCAUAGUUUUAAAAAUUAAAAUAAAAUAGGGGUUGCUUCUUGUGUGUAUAAGGAGCUGUAGUUAUAUUGAAGGGCGGUCUUUCAACACUGGAUACAGAGAGCUGGUCUUUGUAUUCAGAGUUCAGAGGCUUGCAGUGUUGCGGCUCCCUGUGCUGCUGCAUUGUGAGCUCUAAUGACAAUAGUUCUGGCAUAACUUGCAAACAAAUUCAAUGUGCAAUUAUGCUUGUCGUUUAUACAUGAUUGCAGGGUUUUGGUUGCAUAGCCUGGCAGUCGUGAAUACAUAAGUGCCUGCGUAAACAGGUUAUUGAAAACAAACAUUACAUACUUACAGAUAAGAAAAGUCUAGUUUUCCCCACAUAUUCUAUAAUCCCUAAGAAUAUAUAUUGUCCUAUAGAAUAUAUAUGUGUUGUUCCUUGUAUAUGUGUGUACACACAUGCGCGCUCUCUCUACAAGGGGUGUGUAUCUGUGUGUUUGUAUCUAGGGCUGCAAUGUGAGGAUGUUAUGGUAUGGGCAAUGCAAAGGUCAAGGGCCCACAAGAAAAAUUAAUUCUAUAGUGUCACUUGACCUUUGCAUUGCCUAUACCAUACCUACCUCACAUUGCAGCUAUAAACACAAACAUGACUGUGUGGGCAUGGUGAAUGUCUUUAGCUGGUAGCUGUGACAGGGUGAGUAACGGGGAAACUGUGGUUGGGUGUUGGUGAAAUGAUGUAAGGUCAGUAUUAGAGGGCUGGGGGGGGGAGGUGAGUGUGACAGGGCAAGUGUGGCAUGGUUGGGGGAUGAGUGUGACAGGAGGCAUUAUUGUGACAGAGUAUAGCAUGGUUGGGGAUGGGGAAUUAUCACAGAGUUGAGAUGAAUGUGGCAUGGUUAGAGGAGGGAGUGUGACAGGGUUAAGGGGGGUUAAAGUGACAGAAUGAGUGUGGCAUGGUCGGGGGUGGAGUGUGCCAGAACAAGGCGAGUGUGAAAGGAUUAAAGGGGGUUAAGGUGACAUAGUUGUGACAUGGUUCCUGUCAUACUCCCUCCUCCAACCAUGCCACAUUCACAGUGAUAUUCACCCCCUCCUUCCCGACCCUAAUGUUGCCACACUUAGGAUAAGUGUGGCAUGGUUGGGGUCGGAGGGGGGGUGAAUGUGGCAUGCUUGGAGGAGGAACUGUGACAGGAUUAAGGGGGAUAAAGUGACAGUACUAAGUGUGACGACUUUGGGGUCGAGUUGGGGGGGUUAUCACACUUAGUACGUGAUACUCACCCCCCAACCAUACCACACUCAUCCUGUCCCUUUAACCCCCCUUAAUCCUGUCACACUCACCUCAUCUUGUUCUGGCACACACCGUCCUCCAACCAGGCCACAUUCACCCCAACUCUGUGGCAACUUUGGGAUCGGGUGGGGGGGUUUAUCACAGAGUUUGGGUGAAUGUGGCCUGGUUGGAGGGAGUGUACCGGUACAAGAUGAGGUGAGUGUGACAGGAUGAGUGUGGUAUGGUUGGGGUGUUAGUAUCACAAACCAAGUGUGGCAAUGUUGGGGUCGAGAAGGGGGUGUAAAUGCGGCAUGGUUGGAGGAGGGAGUGUGACAAGAUAAAGGAAUGUUAAAGUGACAGAUUGGGUGUGGCAUGGUUGGGGGAUGGAGUGUGUCAGAACAAGGUGAGGUGAAUGUGACAGUACAUGAUACUUGCCCCACAACCAUGCCACACUCAUCCUGACACUUUACCUCCCUUAAUCCUGUCAUACACACCUCACCUUGUUCUGGCACACCCCCACCAUGUUAUUCUCACCCCCCAAACAUUGCACACUCAUCCUAAGUGUGGCAACAUAGGGGUUGAGGGGUUAUCACAGAGUUGGGGUGCAUGUGCCAGAAACAGGUGAGGUAAGUGUGACAGGAUUAAAGUGGGCUAAAGGGACAGUAUGAGUGUGGCAUAGUUUGGGGAGAGGGGGUGUUUGAGUAUCAAAGGGUUGGAAUGAAUGUGACAUGGUUGGAGGAGGGAGUGUGACAGUUUAAAGGGGGGUUAAUGCAACAGAGUGUGGCAGGGUUUUGGGUGAUUUAAUGUGAUAUGGUAAAUGUGACAAUGCAAGAGAAGGAGAGGGAUACAGGACCUGGGGGAGGAGGGGGUUAAAUGUGAUAGGGUGAGCAGGGCCAGCGCGUUCUAUAGCCGACUUAAGCAGUCGCCUAGGGAGCACCGGCCCGGGGGGCGCCAGUUUCAGUGAUCCGGUAGGAGGGAAGCGCACAGUACUCCCUCCUACCUGUCACUUAGUGUAGCGUGGCCGGGUGAUACAGGAGUGUCUAUUUCCUGUACCCGAUCGGACUGAAAGGAAGUGUUCUCUCAGUGAGCACUUCCUGUUAGUCCGGCCGUUUACAGGAAACAGACGCACCUGUACCGUGCCACGCUACAAAGAGGUAGGAGGCACAAAAGGGAAAGAUGGUGGGGGAGGAGAGGCCGCUUAGGGACAGAUAGUUGUCUCUCCUCCCCCUCCAAAAGGAAAGAUUGGGGGGGAGGGAGAGCACGGAGGGACAGGAGGGGAGAAGAAAACACUAAGGGACAGGAGGGGAGAAGAAAACACUAAGGGACAGGAGGGAGGGGAGACCUCUAAGGGACAGGGGGAGAAGUGGAGAUGAGUCCACUAAGGGACGGGGUAAGUGGAAGAGAUCAUUAAGAGAUGAGGGGAGUGUAAGAUACACAGAGAGGCUGAGGAAGUGGUGAAAGAGAAGCACAGAAGGCUUGUGCUGGCUCUGCCUCGAUCUGCCUUGUUGAUAUUCUUAGACAAUCCAAUGCUUUCCUAUUGGAAACCAUUGUGAUUGGUAUUGAACAACACUUCCGAUGAUGUCAGCCAAGCAGGUACAUCAGGAACUGCAGCAGCAGACUGGAGUAAAGGUAAGAUUAUACUAUAUGUAGGGAGGAGGGGGGGUGGGGGAAGGGACUAGUUGGUGUUUUUAAUACUAUAGGGUCAGGAAUACAUGUUUGUAUUCCUUGCCCUAUAGUGUUUCUUUAAGGUGUAUUGGGUUGUCAACUAUGACAUGUGUUUGAUGAUAGUAUGGAUGCAUGAUGGAGGAGAGAUAAAAGCUAACUCAACUGUAUGAGAGGCUCACCAUUAUGAAAUCUUAGUAUGGUUGUGUGUUUAUCUUUAGCUGGUGCCAAACAGCAUUGCAUUAUUUGGGAACUCUCAUCCCACUGAUGUAAUUAAACCAGUAUACUAAAUAUAUUCUUUAUCUGACCUAUAGUGUAGCCCAAUCAAGAUUUGCCAACCAACAUUUUACCCAUGUUCAUAGUUUAAAUUAAGAAACGUUCAGGCCAUAUUGGCUUUUUUUUUUGUCACCUUGUCAAUAAAUGCCACGUCUUGCACCAUUCCUAGUUCCUCGGGUGCGGGAGGGGCCACUGACACAAUGAAGACGUUGAUUCCGAACUCUCUGGCCACAAUUCCAGCCUCCUCAAUGUUAUCAGAAGGCCAGCCAUCUAUAAACACCACCAUGACCUUUGGGAUGCCUUUCCUCACUCCAUUAGCAGUAGUAAAGAAGCUUUGAGCUGCGUGCUUUAUCGCUUUGCCUGGCAGUGUGGAGAGGAGAGACAUAGAGGUUCGGUGUUUUUUACGAUUACCAAGGAGGAGGGUGAAAAAAAAAAACUGUACUGGUUGCGUUAUCCAUAUCUACUUUGUGGACUCUUUUACAGUUUUAGAAACGUACACACCAAUAUGAAUAACAUACUACAUAUCCUUUGUACAGUAUUAUAAAACUAUUUUAGCACAAAUUAAUUAUAUAUAUAUUUGUCCUUUUGAGAAACAAUAUUUUUAUUCACCUAUGUUAGAGUUCCCCCCUUUAAAGCUGAUCUCCUUCACAGCAAACGAGACAUCUUUUGAAGUAGCAAAAUCUUUGAGAAAGAACUCUGUCUUGGGCUGUUCACUGUGAAUGAGAAGACGAUAAGUUAGACCAGUAUUUGACUGUAUGAAACAGCUGCUGCCACUCAGAGAGAUAGGAAUCAUUACCUUGCUUGCACCAGUCCAACGUGGGGCCCAUCUGUGCCAAUUCCCAGCAUCUGCACUACCUUUGUCACAAAGAGCUUCUGCAAGUUGAAUCGCCGCUGUCCAAUAUUAUUACUGCCAUCAAUAAUGAAGGCGAUGUCAGCCUUACAGUCUGCAUGAAGAGAAGAAGGUGAGGGGAGCACAGAAUAGAUUAAUAUAUGUAUUUACUGUAUCAGAGAUUCACUGUAUUCCCUUUUAGUGACAACCCGCAGUUAUUUUAGUUAUAAUAUGAAGUGUUUCCUUUAAAGAAUUAGUAGCUCUGCUCUGUGUACAUGGAUGAAAAACUCUUCCCACAUUGUGAAUUAUCAACAAUACGGCCUUUUACUCCAGGAUUGUCUACACCCUGUGAUGUUGGUUCUUUUAAUCAUACACUGUACCUUUGUUUCCUGUUGACUUCUCGGGUGUCUUCUUCUGACGUCUACCUGUAACCCACAAAGAAAAAUAUGUGAAUAGCCGCAGGUAUUUAUCCUUGAACAUUUUAUCUCAACACCUACCCAACACUAUAUAUUGUGCUUGGACACCUAACAAUAUAUAUAUCAGUCUUCCUCCGAUCCUCGGACUGUAAGUUCAUUUGAGCAGGGAUUUCUUCAAGCAUUACAGAAUAUGUUGGCUCUACCCAAAAUGUUAUUACCCAAAUAAUCUUCAAAUACAAUUCACACCUCCCUGGUGUGUUAAUAUUUCCCCCAGAAUAAUCUCACUGCUACACCAUCAAGUUUUCUAUAUUCACAUCAACCUUAAUGUACAAUGUAUGGACAUAAUCUGCCUUAACCCCAAUGGCUGUGGCUUAAAAUAGUAAUAUGAUUUCUACAUGCCCCAUGCAAGUGAAAAUUAGUCUACCCCUAAUAACCACCUGUCUCAUACAAAGAUAUUCAUCAAUUCUGGCUUGGGUGUACCUUAUAGGAGAAGACUGAGAGGCUCAGAACCUCUCUCUUCUACAAUUUAAUCAGAGUCCCCACACUAUUAACAGCAACAAACCUACAAAACUCAACAACUGAAUUAAUGAUACAACCCCAAGUCAAAAUAAUCAGCACAGGCUAAUACAUUUAAAACCCCCAACUUCACUGAAACUGGAAGAGUAAUAGAGAUGGGUUCACAGUAAUGUGGCGUGACCAAGUUAAACCUUCAAGAGAAUAUAUGGAAACAACAUAAUACUCAUAUAGAAAACAGGCAGCGGAGAAGAAAUGGCAUGUGUCAGCAGGGAAGGCUUCCCCAGCACAAUAAACAUCGCCAACAACAUCUCUUUAGAAUCCUUUAAGUACAUCAUCAACAAACAAGACACUUGGCAAUGUCACAAGGAUAUUAUCCACGAGGACGAUUAGGCCUUCACUGGCAGACAUCCAGGAACACUGGGGCUACAUGACUAGAGCAGGAACUAUCAUGGGAUAUCUUAAUAUACACAUGGAUAAACAUUAAAUAUCUCAAUAUCCACAGCAUCUAACUCGGCCAUAGAAAGACUGGAUUUCAUCCAACUGAUUAACCCCUUGAGGACCAACAACUUAAUUCCACUGCAGCAAACCAGCCAAAAUCCUACAACAAAAUUAAAUUAUCCAUCACCUGACAAUUGCGGGGAUGUACAGAGCUACUAACGCACAUUAAACAGAACAUUCCAGUAAUACAGGAUGUAAGGGGACCAGAUUGGAUUACGAUCUUCAAUGGGUUAAGAACCCCAUCAAAACAUAGUGGCAUUCUAAGUCAGUAGAACUGCAUAGCACGUAAGAUCAGUAGAAACACAAGCAAUCAUCAGGCAACAAAAUAAAUACUAAAUGGAGAACAACUUAAAAAGAAAGCUCCCAGACAGUACAAGACCAGCAUUAUCUCUUCACCAGGAAUUCUCAAAAUUAUUUACUCUGGGUUUCAAAGAUAAGAAACAAAAAUAGUGAACAAUGGGCAAUAGUAACCUUCUCAGUCAAUGGAUCCAUUGACUGAAAAGUAAGAAGCCAUCUUCGGUGGCACAAGUAAAUGAUGUUGACAGUAGACUUUUAUGGUAGAAGGAGCCAUGUAUAUUUGUACAGUCCAGAUUAUUUUGUUAGCGAAGGUUCAUAGCCAUAAGGAUAACCCAUUUACAUAUGAUUCGGGAGAAAGGGAUGGAUGUACCAUGUACGAGUUAUGCAGCUUAUGCGAGGCAGGUAUUUGCAGCAGUCAAUGCAGAAAUUAUUUUUCCGGGUGGCUAAGUUUCUUAGAGAAAGUUUCUUAGGCUUUUGUUUCUUAGAAAAACUGCCCAAUGAGCAUCCAAAUUUUGGGUUAAUAGUUUGGGAACAUUAAACUGUUAGGGGAGGUGCAGGUGUUUAAAGUUAACUUAAUGGGGGUUGGGUGUCUGCAAUCUGCCCUCCAGAAGAGAGUUAGAGGGGAGUGGAAAGGGAAAAGUGGGGAAGGUAAAGCAUAAUCGCAUGUUGUCCAGGGUUUGUAAUCGUGAGUGCGUUUUAUGUGGCUUAGUAUGCAGAAGAAGAGUGUUCCUACCACAGUAGAGAGGUGUCUCCCUUCAGCUAAUGAUCCCAAAUCUUAUGAAAAGUCUUCAGGGUAUCAUGAUUUUGUGCUGUCAGUUUAUCCAGGUGCAAACGGUCUUGGAAUUUUUUGUAGAUUGAUUUGGAGGAGGGGAUUUUAGGUGUCGCCCAGUGUUUUCGCAUGGCUCUACGUGUGGCUUAAGUGAUUCUGGCUGCAAGUUUAUUUUAAUUCCUCGUAAGGAAAUCCACAGGUUUUUAUAGAAAUAGUGCCCAUGGAUCUAAUGGGUAGGGUCUGUUGAAAAGUCUAGAUAUUAAGGACGUUAUGCUUGUCCAGAGUGUUCUGAGUUUGGGGAAGCUCCACCAGCAGUGGAUGAAAGACCCUGAUUCUUUGCAUUGUUUCUAACAUAGGUUAGAGGGAAGAAGUUUCAUUGCUGCUAGACGUUGGGGAGUUAAGUACCACCUAAAUAAAGAGUGUUUUAUACGCUUGUUCUAAAUGAGUUACACAAAUACUGAUGAGGAGGUGGAUUCACAGAUGUCAGACAAAUCUGUAGGAUCAUUCGGUACGCCUAGGUCUGCUUCGCAAACAGCAAUGUAAGUGAGUAAGAGAUGAGUGGAAAGCGCGGCUAUAGAAAGAUACUUGUCCGAGAUUUGCCCUUUCCAAGUGGGUGAUUGGACACAAUCAGACUCAAAGGAGGAGAGUGUGGAAGUACCUCCUUCAUGUAUCACCUGGGAAUAGGGCUGUGGUGUACCACCGCCACUAAGUACCAUGCCCACUGCUUAUUUGUGUCUUUUUCCCUGUGUAUUGUGUGAUUCCCUCUGUGUUUCCCCAUGUAUUUGUAUGCAUUUCGUGUAUUUUUCCUGUUCCCCAUUCGGGAGAGCUCAUACGAACAAAAUGUUCUAAACCGCAGGGGAAAUCAUUAACGAAUGCUCCCCUGGGGGGCUGCCGGUUCGUGUAGCCGAACGCCAACCUAGGGGGAACUUCGUAUACCGAACAUGCCUGCCCGUACUGUCCCAGGUCCCCGUGUCGGAAUCGCCCUACCUGCUCCUAACAGAGCUAUAAUCACUUCUUUCCCUACCCAGGAGCUGCAAGGCCAGGCUUGUAGCUGCCCGAGGGCAGUCUCCUCAGGGCUGCCUAAGUGGAGGUAGCCCCGGAGAAAGGCGCGAGCCAAGUGGAAUCCCUGGGGCUGUGAGUCUGCUUUACAGCCACAGGGGUCCCUCUGGCCGCCUGGAAGUAAGUGCCGACCAAUAGGAGGAGCACAGUGAGAAGACGCCAGCGUCCAUAGGAAAGCAUUGAGAAUGCUUUCCUAUGGACUGACUGAAUGUGCGCGCGGCUCUUGUCGCGCAUGAGCAUUCAGCCGAUGACGACCGAAGGAGGAGGAGAGUCCCCAGUGCCGAGGGAGCCCGGCGCUGGAGAAAGGUAAGAUUUUAACCCCUUCCUCCCCCUUCAGCCCGGCGGGAGGGGGGGACCUAUUAAUACUACAGUGCCAGGAAAACGAGUUUGUGGUCCUUUAAGGGGCAUAUGUGAAAAGAAAAUUUGCCUUGUAUGUGUUGUAAAUGGUAUUUGUCCAAAUUUAGUAGAAGUAGGUCUGAUUUGGUAUGGUUCAGUUGAUACUAUGAAAGGGAUGAGUAACUGUGCAAGAGGUCUAGGAGGGCUUCCAGUGAAGAUUCUGGGUUUGUGAGUGUCAUAAGGACAAGGUUGGCAUAAAUCGCGACCUUCUCUUCUUAUCGUUAGUCCCUACUCAUCCCGGCUGGAGUAAAUUGCCAGCAACAGGGCUUCUAGGGAAAGGGCAAAUAGGAGGUGGGGGGAGAGAGCAACCCUGUCUUGUUCCACUGUAUAUGGGCAAGGAGGGAAGAGGGAUUUAUGUGAAUAGAGACCUUGAUUGGCUUGUUUUACAUAUGUUUGUGUAGCUUAUUAAAUAUGUAUGUGGGAGGCAGCACACACAUGCAGGACAGCACGUUACUUACUUGCAGGGGACGCCUGAGUGGAUACUGGUUUUCCUGAGACCUCCAACCCUCGACUCUUGAACUCUGCAGACAUAAUUAUUUUUCAGUAUCGGUGAUAUGUGCAUUAUGCUGCACUCACAAAACGUAUUAAAUUAUUUUAACACAAUCACCAGAGAAAUGUUAUAACCGGGAUAUUUUUCCCACUGACAUCUAUGGGAACUUGCUACUCAAUAAUAGUGAUGUCCCGAAUGGUUCGCUGCGGACUCAUCAUUCCAGCCAAUCAGCAGCAGACCCUCCCAUCUCCUGGACAGCAUCCAUUUUGAAGCUGCAUUCUUAGUGAGUUGUCCAGGAGGUGGGAGGGUCUGCUGCUGAUUGGCUGGAAUGAUGAGUCCGCGGCGAACCGUUCGGGACAUCACUACUCAAUAACCAUAGAACAUUAACAUAAAAACAAUCAAGGCAUUUACCACCAGUUUCCAUCACAACUUGCAGUUAUAUAUUUUAUUCUCACUGCUGUGUGGCAUUUUCUAAAAUACCUUUGGUACAGUAAUAUUCUGCAUGCAGAGGGGUUUCACACUUUUUGGAUGUGACAGGUCAAAUGAUAUGUUAUUGUAGAUUUCUACAGUUAUUUUACUGGGCCAACCUGUGCACGUUUAAUAGUCUACCAUUAAAACCAAUUGGUUAAAAAGGUUAUUUUUUUUGUUUGUUUGUUUUUUUCUUUUCAAGCACUUAUUGUAUAACUGAUCUCUGCUGCUACCAGACCUUCAGACAUCUAAAAAAUACCUACUCAAUCAAUAUACGAACCAUAUACAUAUGUUUUUUACAGCUCUUAACUAUUUAUUACCUUUACUCUACAGUAUGCUUUUUGCCAACAUCUACUUAAUUCCACACUAGUCAUAAAAAUAUACCCACAGUGGCGCAUAUUUAUAUAAAAAAAAAGGUACAAUAUUGAUACUGCUAUACUGCUCUUUUUGAUCACUGCAAAUAUAGUGACAAAGGAGUUACAAUAUUUGUAUUUAAAAAAGAAAUUAAAUCCACAAACCGUUGGGCUCACCCAGAUCUCCACUAGUAUGUUAUGUCAUUUAAAGGGACAUAUGUGGUUUAUCACACUAUGCUAUACAUAUGGCCCUAUCUGAUAAUAGUGUGGACCCACACCUUGGGUUCCCUUCUCCUCUAACCUUGCAGAUUUCAGCAUUGGCACUGCUGAGAUUAUAUCCCGAGAAUGUUACUUUGUGCAAGCUGCUGGAGAGAUAGAAGUAAGGUCAGUAAGAAGUGAAUCCUAGCUCGCUUAUGAUCUUGACACUAUCAGCGGAAAGAUAUUGUCAACUUGUUCUUCAAUUUAUUUACAGUGUUAUUUGCACUGACAAUUCUGCCUUAUAUAAGUUAUGAUGUAUAGAGGGACCUUGCCCUGUCCACUGCAUUCACUCCCACCUGCUGCUGUUUGCAAAAAGAAAAUUGCCCCAUCUACAAGCCCACACCAUCCUUCAAAUACUGCAGCCUGGCCGGUAGCUUCUCUUAUGUCAUUUAAAGAGACUCACCAGCACAAAUACUACAACUUGACAGACCACUCCAAAUAUAUAAAGUACGUCAGCUUUCUGGGUGUGGAGUGUCCCAUAAUGACAGUUUAUAAGAGUGCUGAUUUCUAUUAGGCACUUUUAUAAACAAUUCAUGAAGAACCUCCCUGGCUGUCAAACAGCUUGGAGAGGUAUCGGCCUGCUUCCGUUAGUUCCCCAUAGCUAGCAGAAGUGGCAGGCAUGCUCUACAUAAAAGGACAUUGUAGGCACCCAGAUCACUUCAGCCCAUUGAAGUGGUCUGGGUGCCAACUCCCAUCACCCUUAACCCUGAGCAUGUAAUUAUUGCAGUUUUUAUAAACUGCAAUAAUUACCUUGCAGGGUUACGUCCUCCUCUAGUGCCUGUCUACCAGAGGGACUUCUGGGUUCCACUGGCCACUAGCGACUUCAGAGUUCUUAGGCAACUUUUGGUCGUCUAAACGACGCUGGACGUCCUCACACAUUGCAUGAGGACAUCCAGCAUCGCCGGAAUCCCCAUAGGAAAGCAUUGAAUGAGAUGUCGGUGGGGGAGGAGCGUGGGAGGAGCUGAGCCAGUGCCGAGAGGUGGGGGGGUGGAGGAAGACCUUGACAGAAGGGGAAGCUACAGUGUCAGGAAAACAGAGUUUGUUUUCCUGGCAGUAUAGUUUCCCUUUAAGCACACAUGUCUUCCUCCCUGCAUACCUCAGACCAGUGUCCAGACCUUAAAUCAGUAGCCCAUCAGAGCUUCAGACCGUCUAUUUCCCUGUCUAUUUCUUCCGGGGAAAAAGGUCUUGCAAAGGCUGCAGUUCAUAAGAACUGCUGCUUUUGCAAACUGUUUUAAGAUAUACCCCCAAUGAAUACAUUGUGCUUGAAAAUGCAUGCAUGUAUUGAAUAAGAGUGAUUUCAAUUUAUUGCUAAUAUGGCCAAUGGAGUGCUCCUUUAUGUCAGGGGUUUUGGGCUAAAUAUACCUUCACUGCAGUCUCAGCAGUGCAAAUGCUGCUUUUUCCCGAGAAAAGGCAGUGCUCACAUUUCUGCCUAAUGCCACAUCUGUUGGCUGUCACUCAGAUAGCCACAGAACGGAUAUCCAUAGCAUCUCUGUUAGGUGAUGCAGAUUGUUGCAUUGAGGAGAUUUUCCGCGCAUGCUCACUAGUCUCUAAAUGCUUUUCUACUUGGAAGCAUUGGAUUUGUUAAGAUUAUCAACAUGAAAGCCAGAGAGGUUAUUAUUUUUUUCAUUUUUUUUAGUUCUGGGGCCCCAAUAACUCAAAUAGGUAGGUUAACAGUUUAGCAUUACAUGUUUUAAUUCCUAAAACUAAAGUAUGAAUCUUUAAUGCGUGAAUCUGAUGCCAGAGCAACAAUACAUUCCCCAUAAACAUAUACUAAGCAAAGGUUUAUGAAUUACUUUACAUUUUCUCAUAUCAUUUUAUGACAGGGAGGUCAGGAAUAUAUUCCGUAAAAAACAAACAUUAACCUAGCUCAGGCUUCCCCAAACUCCAGCCCUCCAGAUGUUGCGGAACUACAUCUCCCAUGAUUCUCAGCCCAUUUCAUUCAAAGAAUCAAGGGAGUUGUAGUUCAGCAACAUCUGGAGGGCCAGAGUUUGGGGAAGCCUGACCUUGAGUGAGCAUGCCCUUUAAUAUGCUUAUAGUAAAUGGUGUAAAUAAUUAUUCUGAAAUUGCUAAAUCGUUCCAUAAAAUUAAAAUAAAAAGAUAUACUAAAGAGGAAGGAAGUAAAAACAAAGAUUCUAAACGUAUUUAUUUGCUCCCUGAAGCACACAUCUCCCCUACUAACUUACUGGAAACUGAGAAUGAAGACGACCACUUGCUGAGGGUCAAGGAUUGCACUGCAUUAGAGAAGACCGAUGGGUAAUUUUGUUGACCAGGUAGUCUACGCAGGGUCACUUUUCCACCAUUUUUGGAGAUCACGCCUCUGUCAAAACAGCAACAGACCGCAAGGUGAUCUUAUACUGCUAACACAAGAAAUCCCCCAACCAGUCCAAUGUGCAUACAAUAUUAUAAAACACUCCGCCCAAAAACUAUAGAAAACCAACAAACAGAAACAAUUCAGAAAUUGUACAAUACCAAUAUAGUCACAAAGCUGCUCAAUCACCAAAAGCGGAGUCUCUUAUUCGAUAGGGGGUAGGAUAAAAGUUUUAACAUACGGGAAAUGUACCUAGCAAAGACACACAUGGAAUUAAUAAGGGGCUCACAAGAACAUAUCCCUGAAAGAGGGCCAGAACAAGAAAGGAAAUGUACAUACAUAUUGAAGAGGGGGGCAAUAAGAAAAUAUAAACAAUGGAAAAAAAUAAAGCACAAAGUAAAGAAUGACCACAAAAGAAACACAGAAAAGCAUGUGGGCGAGGGUGACUAAUAGGGCCAGAAAAACAUAAGAAAAAGUCACACAAGGGGAUGGAAAAGGCACACGAGGGGAUGGAAAAGGCACACGAGGGGAUGGAAAAGGUAUAAGGGUAUGAAAAAGGUACAAGGUUAUGGAAAAAGUACAAGGGUGUGGAAAAGGUACAAGGGUAUGGAAAAGGUACAAGGGUAUGGAAAAGGUACAAGAAUAUGGAAAAAGUACUAGGGUAUAGAAAAGGUUCAAGGGUAUGGAAAAAGUACAAGGGUAUGGAAAAGGUACAAGAAUAUGGAAAAGGUUCAAGGGUAUGGAAAAGGUUCAAGGGUAUGGAAAAGGUUCAAGGGUAUGGAAAAGAUACAAGGGUAUGGAAAAGGUACAAGGGUAUGGAAAAGGUACAAGGGUAUGGAAAAGGUACAAGGGUAUGGAAAAGGUUCAAGGGUAUGGAAAAGGUUCAAGGGUAUGGAAAAGAUACAAGGGUAUGGAAAAGGUACAAGGGUAUGGAAAAGGUACAAGGGUAUGGAAAAGGUACAAGGGAAAAGUCCCGUCAUAUGGAGGACUCAUGUUUUUCAUAGCAGUUUUAGUACAUUUUGUGGGAUGAUACACUAAUUUAAAUAAUCAAAGGGUCCAGGCACUCAAUGUAUCAAUGCAGACAAGGCCUUGCAUAAUGCUGCAUUAAAUGGCUGUCUAGGUUUAAUACGUUGACUGUCUGGACCCUUCUUUUUCACCAGAACAUUGUAAUUGGGGGUUGCAAUCAACCCAAGGCCUGGAUCACCACGUGCAUACUGCAAUUCGUUACCUAAGGAAGUAGUUGAUGAAAGGAGUGCAGUUCCCUUCACUGUAUAAUGUAUAUUCAUACUGCAUUAUAUCAUGAUGAUAUUAACAUCCUGCAUGCAAAUUGUAACAUCCUUUGUCUCACAAAAAGCAAUUUGAUUUAUUUGCCAAUGUUGGAGUGCUUUUUAAUGUCUGAUCAACUAGUUCUGCUUUGACCAGGAAUUUUUCAUGGAGUAAUAGAGCCCCAAUCGAUACACACAAGUUUAGAAUUCUUAAAACUAACUCGAGAAUUAUUUAAUGAUCAGAAAUUGGUUAAUGUCUCCAAGUACCUGUGUAUGGCUGCGCCACAAACGCUGGACACGGCUGCGUAGAUUUUGUCUCCGUACACAGAAAGCUGUUGCUCCGUGCAGCCGGGGGGGCACAGAACAUGAGCAGACUCCUUCUUUAAAUCUAGACCCCUCAUGGCACAGGUCACAGGAACUGGAGCUGGGAGAGAUAAAAAAAAUAAAUCACAACUUUUUAACAAAAAAAAAAGGUGCACACAUUAUCAGUCUCUCUCAUUUACAAUGCACCUACAUACUCCAUAUAACAAGAUUUACCAGUAACUGAUGGUAGUGGCAACAGAGGCCCUGCUCAAGAACAAGCUACAGUCUAAAAGAAGGUUCAGUAUGUAAUGUUUUCAGAGAGUCAGCAUGGCUAUCAGGUGAUUGUAUUUGGGGGGAGUAUACAUAGUUUUUUUUAUUUUUCAUUACAAAGUAGAGGGUACAUAGUCCACAUAUGACGCACUGAAAUACUAAAAAUACAUUUUUUAAUUUUAGAGUGUUUCUUUAAUAUAAGUUAUUAAAGAAAAAAGCAUGAGUAAGUAGCCUUUUAUAGAUUUCUACGUUAAGGAAUUGGUAUUGUUACAGAUGUAGAUCAUUAUAAAACACUAGAAAGAGAAUCAGAGCUAUAGCAGCUUGAACAAAUAUGUGGUAGACAGUUAGUUGAAGGACCACAUUAAAUACAAAACCAGAGAAUGUUUGUGCACAAGGAAAAUAUCCAAAAAUAACUAGCUAGCAUUGCAAGGUAACAGGGCCAGGAGAAAUGAUCAUGUCAGGAUCUGGCAAUGACAGCCAAAAAAAAUAGUAAAAGGGAAAGAAGGAAUCAUUAAACGGACACAAAAGAUAACCAGAGCACUUCACCUUAAUGGUCUGGGUGCAGUGCCCCUGUCUGUUCAGGCUUGCAAUAUAAAAUAUGGCCAGUUGAACACAACUCUUAGUGGCCGUCUUCCUCUAGAGGGCACAUUUGAUUGACGCAGAACAUUAUGCCGCACACUAACCUCUCAAUGCUCCCUUAUAGCAUUGGCUGCGAUCAUCAAUAAAGGCGAAGCGGCCGCAAGGAAAGCAGGCUUCUCUCUCACCUUUCAACCUCUCCCAGGGCGGGAGAUAGCAGGACACAUAAGCGUUAGGAGUACAUGUCUGUAUUCUUAACGCUAUAGUGUUCUUUUAAUAUUCAGGACAUAUGCACAGGUUCAUGUAAAGCCGGAUAUUGUAUACGUGAAAAUCAGGUCCAUUUUCACCGGUACAGUUAUAUAAUUUUGCGAUAUUUGUCCUGGUAGCACCAGGCUAAUUUAUGGUAUAUGUUGCCAAUUUCUAUGUGUAAACUAUAUCGUCUUAAUACUUGUGUUUUAUGUUUUUUUAUAUUGGGAGCGUGUCAUAGCAGCUACCAAGACAAAAGUUAAAAGUAUCUUUUGAAAUAUACGAUUUGUAUUUUAUAAAAUGAACAGUGGUUCUCUCAAUGCCCAUUCUCCCAAACUGUACUUUGCCUAUAGCCAGCCUGGCAUCACCUAUAUUGCUAAUGUGGGUUGUUUCCUGAUAUUAAGAUCCAUUGAGUGGUGUUAGUCCUUAGUUUGGAAGCUUUAUUUGCAAACAGUGUCCGUUGAGCUGGAAAUUUGGAUGAAGAGAAAGAGCACACCCUUGUGAAUCACUACUUCCAGAGAAAGCUAGGAAUGGUAGGUUAUCAUCCAAUAAUUGUGUUGUAAAACAGAGGAUAACAUAAACACGAGCAUCAACGAAAUCCAAAUAAGAGGCUUGGACAGAAAAAAAUAAUAUAUAAUAUAUAUAAGAAGGGAAGAACACAUGACGGUUUUGAAGCUGGGCUUCAAGCACGCGUGUAACCGCAUAACUGAGCACCUUGUGGAGAUUCCCACACUGAUUUUUAGGGUGAACCUGUACUAGGGGGGCACAUGGGGGACACAGGAAAUCGUUGUACCACCUAGAUCAUUCAGCCAGUGUCAACAAUGUCUUCAUGUCUCCACUGGUUGUUUUUAACAAUGCACUGGUUACGGAUUUGCGAUUUUACUUCCACCUUAACCCAAAUAACUUUAUAUAGUCCCUGUGUAUUUUAUAUCCAAUUACUUCCAAACAGCAAGGAGCAGAUGGCUUUAAUGGAAAAUAAGUUAGUAAGCAGAUGGUUCUGUGUAUUUCGUUAUUGAUGGAUUGGGAUAAAAAAUGUUUUGAUGGGGGCGGGGCCGGACCGCCAUGCUGACCGGUCGCAUGCAGGAAAGGAUCCGGAGAAAUUUGGCCUCUUAGGCAACUGUUAUAUGUAUAUGCACUGCAAAAAUAAAGAAUAAAAAAAAGAAAUAAAAAUGUUUUGAUGUGUUUUACUCCAGGGCGAACUGCAUUGAAUAUUUCAACGUAAACGUAAAAGAAGCAGGAGGUAAGGGGUCACUGCAUAUAUCAUGCCAACCGCAACUUGUUCAAGCCUGGUGCUUCACGUUCUUCUAA